GCCCGGCGCCCGGCGGCGCUGCCCGCGCGGGGCCCCCCCGGGUGCUGGGCAUGAGGCUGGAGAGCACCGACCUGCCGGCGCCCGGCGCGGCCAGCUUCUCGCCCAUCCAGGUGCUGGAGGGCGCCGAGAUCAAGCUGCGCCUCUACGGGCUGGGCAUGCACGCGCGCGUCUCCGAGCUGGUCUCCUUCUCCGAGGUGGGCCCGCUGGGCAACGCCUCCUCCUCCUUCUGGGGCGAGGCCGCCAACGCCACCUGCCCCGAGAAGACGCAGGACCUGGUGGUGCAGCCGCGCGCCGAGGAGAGCCGGGACACCUCGGCCCUGGUCUCCGUCAAGGUGCAGCUCCUGCGCAAGGCGGAGAAGUCCAAGCUGUACGUCCUGUGCACGCAGAGCGGCCCCGGGCAGCCCUGGCUGCCCCUGGAGGGCCGCGACGCCUUCCUGCAGGUGGUGGAGGAGAAGAAGCACCUGCUGCCCCUCUGGUUCCAGGUGAUCCUCAUCGGCUGCCUCCUGGUCCUCUCGGGCAUGUUCAGCGGGCUCAACCUGGGCCUCAUGGCCCUGGACCCCAUGGAGCUGCGCAUCGUCCAGAACUGCGGCACCGAGAAGGAGAAACGCUACGCCCGCAAGAUCGAGCCCAUCCGCCGGAAGGGCAACUACUUGCUCUGCUCCCUCCUCCUGGGCAACGUGCUGGUCAACACCACGCUCACCAUCCUCCUCGACGACCUCAUUGGCUCGGGACUGGGGGCCGUUGUGGCCUCCACCACGGGAAUCGUGAUCUUUGGGGAGAUUGUCCCACAGGCCCUCUGCUCCCGCCAUGGCUUGGCGGUGGGGGCCAACACCAUCGUGGUCACCAAGUUCUUCAUGCUGUUGACCUUUCCCCUCUCCUUCCCCGUCAGCAAGCUCCUGGACUGCGUGCUGGGUCAAGAAAUUGGCACCGUCUACAAUCGGGAGAAGCUGGUGGAGAUGCUGAAGGUGACGGAACCUUACAAUGACCUGGUGAAGGAGGAGCUGAACAUGAUCCAAGGGGCUCUGGAGCUUAGGACUAAGACCGUGGAAACUGUCAUGACCCCACUGCACGACUGUUUCAUGAUCAACAGUGACGCCAUCUUGGAUUUCAACACCAUGUCUGAGAUCAUGGAGAGUGGCUACACUCGUAUCCCCGUCUUUGAGGAGGAGCGGUCCAACAUUGUGGAUAUACUUUACGUCAAGGACCUGGCCUUUGUAGACCCUGAUGACUGCACCACCCUCAAGACCAUCACCAAGUUCUACAACCACCCUGUCCAUUUUGUCUUCCAUGACACCAAGUUGGAUGCCAUGCUGGAGGAAUUCAAGCUGGGUAAGGCAGAUGGCUGUUAACCAGAAGGCUGGUGGUUUGGUCCACCCAGGGAUGGCCGUGGGCAGGAUUUCUGUGUUGCAGGGGGUUGGACUAGAUGACCUUCGCGGUUCCUUCCAGUUCUAUGGUUCUGUGAAAGGGGGGAGGAUGUGCAUCUAAUACUAGACUGGCAAAGUUAGUGCCCUUGUAGGGCCACCCCACACAUUAAUGUGGGAAACCUGGGUUUGUUACCUAGUGUAUUCUCACCUAGGAAUUUCAACCAGUCACAGGUCUCCAGUGAGGGUCUGUAUAACACUCGUGUGCGUUCUCAUGUUGCAUUUACAGCAGUGUGGGAAGAGGCUGAGUCUAGAAUGGGCUGAGUCUGGUUGUCUUCUUGAACAGGUUAUGUAGCCCAGUCCUACAAAGAUUUACUCAGAAAAGCGGAAUUGGCAUUUCAUUCUAACGAUGAUCUUCAAUUUUAGCACCAGCAAAACUCUGAAGUGGAGUAAUGCUAUUCACCCCCACCCGUUGUAUGCUAGUAUAAAACAGCCUUUAUACCACACAAACAUCAGAUCCGUUUGAAACAAGGUCUUGAAAGCCCGUUUUGGGGGGUUACAUUGUAUGUACAUUUUUUCCAUGUAGGGAAACUAUCUAACAGGGAUCAAAUAGGAUGAAAGUGAGAAAUGAGAUAUUUCCCGCCUUGGAGCAGAUUAGCUGGGUGAAGGGCUAAAAAAUUACAGCUGAUUUCUCUAGCAUUAAACAAGAAUCACUGAGAAUCUGGGACUUGGGAAACUUAGUUGCAAAAGAAAAAUAUUUUUAAAGCUUUGAGAGUUGAUAAGUGGGGAGGGCAGGUAUAUUGGACGCCCUCAGCAAUUCAGCUAACUGCUGUGAUGUUUUCCCCCAUUUAAAAUGCUUCAGUUCUUAGAGUUGUUGAUACAGUUUCAUUGCCAAAGGGAUGUUUCCAACCAUUUCUGGAGGAGUACCAGGAAGUCUAGAUGUUAAGAUGAAGUCAACCCUGCUUGAUGCUGGAAGCUCUUAAAGCCACACUGCUAAAGCCUCAACCUGUGUGUUGCUUUGCAAAGACCCCCCACCCCACCCCCUGCUCCACCCCCGUUUCCCUCCUGGAGGAUACAGUAAUGUUUUGAUUUCUUUGCAAAGCUCCACCGAGGCCCACAGGGUCUCUCAGUUGGUAGAGCAUGAGACUUUUAAUCUCAGGCUCAUGGGUUUGAGCCCUCAUGAGGAAAAGAUUCCUGCAUUGCCGGGGGUUGGACUAGAUGAUCCUCAGUGUCCCUCCCAACUCUGCAAUUCUAUGAUUCUGUGAAUCAUAAAGACACGCUGCACCUUGAAAUUCUCCUCCACAAGCACCAUUUCUCCUCAUUUCAAAGGAGUUCAGCACAAGAAGAUUGCACCCUGGUAUUGCUGUUGUUUCCAACAAUUAAACAUGUUGACAUGUAUCAAUAAGGAGAAAGGGGAAGGUUGCCUUUGGCUGGGGAGGGGGUUACCCUUAUAUGAAUGUCUUCCUGCAUUUGCAAUCUAAACAUGCCCUCAUGGGAUGAUGGUUGAAAUCCUGCCGAAAAAGUGAAACUACUCAGUCUGUACGUGCAUGUAUUUUGUUGUUCUUCAUUUCCUGCUUGAAGGAAGUGCAUCUGCCCUUUUCUGCCCUGAGUCUGUGGGUGAAGAGCAAGCUAGCUGAGGUUUCAAAAGUACUUCAGAGUUCUGAUGUGGUUAAAUGCCAUUGCAAUGUUUGUAACGUGGCAAUGACCCUUUAUAGCCAAAACACUGAACACCUCCUUUGGGUGGAAGAAGAUUGCCUUUAAGACCAACUUUCGCCAAAUUGGACCAAAAACCCCAUCAGCCGCACUCAGUGCUGGCUGGAGAUGGUGGGAGUUGUAGUCCAAAGCAUCAGGAGGGCACCAGCUUGGCAAAGGCUGUUGUAGACAGUUGUUCUAAACCAGGGGUCAGCAAGGUUUAUUUUUCCUGGGCCGGAUCGGUCCUGCGGAGAUCCUCCAUCGGUCGGAUCGUGUGCCCGCCUGCGAUUUUUGGCGUCUGCACAGACGCGAUUUCUGGCACCGCAGAAGCGAGUCCCCACGCUGUGCUGUGCUGCGCUGCUUUAGCACAGUGCGUGAGCGGGCGGCUCUGUUCAGGGAUGGUUCAUGGGCCGGUCAAACGACCUCCAUGGGCUGCUUCCGGCCCAUGGGCCUUAGGUUGGUGACCCCUGUUCUAAACAGUGUGCCAUGAGAGAAUUAAUAUUCAGUUGUUUAAAUGCAUUAACACUGAAUUGUUUUUUAAAAAACAACAACAAUUAAAGGCUUGGGUGAGCUCAAUGUGCUUGUCUUCAGAGGUGAGGCUGCUUGCUGCUUCUCUGCAUGAUGCAUUGCACUGACUUUGCCAGUUGCCACCUUCCAGUGGGGGUGAGUAAAUACUUCUGCAUUGGGUGUGAUGGCAUGGCCUCAGAAGAGGUUACCCAUUGCUUCUAUGCGAACCAUCACCUCUGUUCUAAUUAGUUUGUAUGGCUGGGGAGUUAUUUUGCUGAGUACUGGUUUUGACCUGGUCAUUCAUUCAGUCACUGCUGAUGCAGAGAUGAUGCAGAAUUGCUCACCCUCCAAGGAAGCUGCCCAUUGUGUCCACUGCUUUGCAAUGAGGAGGCAAACUGAGAUCUGUGACUCAUGCAGAACUGCAGGAUGUGAACUAACAGCACAGUCCUCAGAUAUAUACUCGGCCCGUUUAACACCCAGCCAUGGCUUAAUAUGAUGAACAUAUUGUGGCUGCUUUGCUCCUGCACUGAGCUCAGCUAAGCUGUGCUUUAGCUCAGCGUAUCAUCCAAACCCUGGAUCAUAGGUUACCUCUCUCCAAACAAACCAUGAGCUGUAACCAAGGCUUGCCCAGGUGAACAAAACCACAGGUCCAGGUUUCAGUGAUAUACUAAGCUUCUCUCCUAAUUGAAUUACUCUAAAAGCUGAGAUUGUCCAGCAGUCACCAGAUUUGUGGUGCAGGAGUAGCCCUCCAGAUGAAAUUGGACUGCCUCUCCCACCUGCCCCAACCAGUGUUCAAAAAUAGCCGGGCACCAGGCACAGUUUGCUACUGGAGUGGGACCAACUGUGGAGAUUUCUGAGCAUCAGAUUGGCGACCACAGUUUAAAAAUCUGCCUUAGUCCAUAGUUAAUGCCAUUUCCAUUUCCACUGUGUGUGUUUCUUCUCCGGUUGCAUACUGGAAAAAGUGAAUUGUUGGAAGAGCAAGCUACAGUCAAGUUAGUUAAGAUCAUAGAAUCGUAUAAUUGUUGCAUUGGAAGGGACCCCCAGGGUCAUCGUCCCAACUUCCUGGCGAAUAGACAUUCUGUUCUGGCGCCCUUAACCUAGAUUUAAGUUUCUAACAGUGGCCCCAACCAGCAUGGACAGUGGUCAGAGCUGAUGGGUGUUGUAGCCCAGCAGUAUCUGAAGGGCACUGUGUUGGCUAUUCUUGCCUUAAAAUGCAAGAAUCUGUCAUGGGUGGCUUUGACCCUCUGCGUGAAAGUAUAGUCUCAUGAACUUUUCCCGCUGCAUCUCUUGCUAUGUUUGAGUCACCAGAAAGGCUCCCCAAAGGCACGGGGGAUUCUGCUUCUUUUCAAAGGCCUAGGACUGAAAGACUUUAAAAGCUUUGUGUCUAUACUUUGUGGCAGACUGAAGACCUUGACACUAGUGGUCUGAGCUGGCAUGCUCCAUUCUCAAAGGACUUAAACAGCUUGCACUCCAACUUUGGUGAGGGAAGGGAAAGUUGUCAGUUUGACUGGGAUUAUAGACCUCACACAGGGAUAGUUUGGGAGACUGGGAACUGGUCCUGGUAUAUAUAGAAACUUUUAAGGGACCAGAGGAGUUGAAGGAAGGGAUCCACAGUCAUUCAUGGAACCUGAAGAAGCAGCAGAUAGAGGACAGUGCUUAAAGUUGCAGUGCUAGGGUCUGGAGGGGUGCAUGUUUGGAAGCAAGGAGAGAGAAAUGUUAAGAACAGUGUUAGAAACUGAGAUAUGAAAGCUAGGAGCUAAAUGGCACUUUAAACCAAUGUUAUGGGUGCAACAACGGAAUGUCUGGGCACGCUUUUUUAUAACAAGAAUACAAAGCUGAAAAUGAAUGAACUGCAGCUAAAAUAUUACGUUCAUUUUUCACAUGGUCUAGUCCUUUCCCUUUCCCUGCCCACCCCCCUAAUAUUCUUAAGAGGGUCUCUUUUCCAGUCUUCAGAGAGUAGUGGGGAGGUAGAAAAGGGUCCUCCUUUCCUUCCACUCCGCAGUUUUAAUCUGAAAUCUUAGCCACAAUACUGCACCCAGAGCUCAGAAACUACUUGCACUAAUGAAACUCCCUGUCACAAAAUGUGCCUAGAACAAGGGGAAUUUCGAACACUGGUUAAGAAGGUUGGUCAAGGGACGGGAUGGCUAAAGGAAGUGGGACAGAGUGGCCGUGGCCAGAAAAGUAAGUGUCUGGGGGGGGGGGACAGUUGGUGGAGCUGGAGUGCCAAGAAGCGAGUCUGAUUGGAGCAUUACUACAGGGGUUCUCCAUUUGUGGACCACCAGUGGUCUGUGAGCUUCAUUUAGAUAGUACGUGGCAUCGUUGUGUAUCCCCAUAGUAGCUUGGAUGUGGAGGGAUGCCUUUUGGAUUUUCCAAGUUGGACACCAAAAUGUCUUUGUAUAGCUCUGGGAAAAGAUGCCAGCUUGUCUGGGAGCAUUUAGCUGGUACAAGAACCAAGCACUUAAAAAUGAGCUGUUAAGGAGGACUUGAAACUGAGAAUCUACUCAAACCGCCGUAGCAAAUAUCCUCUGUGGGCUGGAGGGGGGAGAGAGAGCACUGGCAAAAGGCAGAGGACAAGUUCACAGAUGGAGGGACAGCUCGCUAGCUGUAAAUCGAUGGGAGGAGCAUGUGACAAGCGCCCGAUAGCUCACCCAGCCCAGAGGGCACAUCAACAACAGAUGAGGGAAAACAAGAAGAGACAAUGGCUGUGGAAACCCAGAGCUUAAUUUGAGCUAAAGCCCAGCGAAAGCUAGGCCCCAUAUCUUUCAAUGCAGGCAUGCAUUCCUGAAGCCUGUGAAAAUAAUACUGCAAGUGUAGAGCAAUUAAGCAUGAGCAGAGUAUAAUUCCCUCACCACAUUUGGUCCCCUCUCCCAGUGUCUGUGAGAGGCAGGAAUGGCUUCCAGGGAGGAAUGGGUCGAAGAAUUAAGCGCUGCUUUGGGGAUAUAUUUGCACCUCCAGCUGCUGCCCUUUUAGCAUUGAAGGAGGAAAGAAAAAGACCAGUGUAGAGGAUUUUUAAAUCUCUGAAGGCAGGAGCAGCAUAUGCCCUGGGAGACCAGAUCCUAAAAAGGCAUAACACAAAAGGAAAAGGGAUUGGAUGAGAGGUGGACGAGAGCAAACCCUGGCACUUGUUCUUGGUUGCAGUGUUCAGCCAGCUGGAAUGGAAAGAGUUAAUGGAGCAGAGGAUCCAAAAGUUGCUGAUCUCACAGCAGAGCUGGAAGAGUCCAUGGGAGUAGCCAUGGGGGGGGGGAGCUGCCCCCAGUCAAUAAAUAAAAAUAAAAAUACAUAUCUAACUGAGGUUCUGCCCCCCUGACUACGCCCAUGGAGGAGUAGUCCUGCUCCUCUUCUGCUGGUCUGCUAUAGCUGCUUCUUGCUGUUGUCACAAUAAAUAGUACGUAGAUUUUGCUCAAGGCUGGGCCAAGGCUUGAACCUCCCUGGGUCGCACUUUUAGUUCGUUCUGGAUCCCUGUUGCUGGAAGCCACAGGAAGGGCAAGAGCUCUUGUGCUUUGGCGCUGCUUGCUGGUUUCCCGCAGGCAUCUGGGUGACCACUGUGAGGACAGGGUGCUGGACCACAUGGGCCAUUGGCCUGAUCCAGCAGCACUCUCCUUAUGAUGUUCUUCCUUGCACAACACCAGUAGAAUUCAUCAUUUACUGGUGCAAUUCUUUGAAAGUUGUAUUUUGAUUCAGACAAGAACAGCAAGCCAUUCAUAGUUACCCACACAUAAGAGCCUAUAGAAGAAUACUGUGAACAGUCAGCAGCAUCCCAUCUUUCCUGUUCCUGCUCCAGACCUUACAAUCCUAAAAAGCUUUCAGAGAUCAGAUUUUCUUUCCAGGUGCCAUCAUUUCUCUUAAGUGUCCAGAGGGAUGCAUGUCUGACUGCGUCGGUAAAGAACAACACACUCCCUCGUCCCUGUUUGGUGUUAGAGGUGACUACUUUCAGGAAGGUCGGACUUUUGGGGUCUUCCAUCCUGCAGAUCUGGACAGACAUCCUUUGAAUUUCUGACUUGUCCAGUGAGGGUACUUGACAGGACUCAGUCAUUGUUUUGUGGACUGUGGCUCUGCAAUGUUCUCUUGCUCUCUGUGCUGUUUUGGGAGUGGCAGGGGAGAUGAACCUUACUCUGCUUUUCAGGUCUUGUUUGCCUAGGGCUGUGUCUGCCUUGAAUUGUAGGCAUUACCCUCCCUCCCACCCCCACCUGAGGAGAACUUCCUGUCACUGCUGUGACCCAUGGCCAUCCUGCUGACACAGAGCUGGACUGCCCUCACUGCAAAAGAAAUGGCCAUCUCAUGGAUGGCUUGCUGCAGGGGUCGCCAACAUGGAGUUCUCCAGAUGUUGGAUCCUAGCUUAAAUCAACCCCAGCUAGCACUGCCAUUGGUCAGGGAGGAUGGGAGCUGCUGCCAAUAACAUCUGGAGGCCACCAGGUCCACACUCUAAGGAGCAGUUGCAGCAACUGGGGACUCCUCACCCUCCACCCGUUUAUGUACCUUCCUCCAAUGGGUUGAGUUCAUGCAGCUGGAGAUGACACCUUCAUGAAAGCUGCUUCUGCUCUUCCCGCUUCAAUUCCCUCCUGGCUCUUGGAGACAGUGGUGCAGGAGAGGGUGGGGAGGCACUUGCCUGGCCUGCCUCUUCCUCCAGCUCUGAAGCUUCUUCUGCCUCUGAUUCUUGCCUCUUGGCUGGUACAGGUCCCCAGGGCACUGCUCUCCUCUCCUCUCCAGCCUCCCUCCCCCUGGUUCACACUUGCCAGCAUCCUGCCAGUCCCUGCCAGUGGCUUGGCAAGAGUAGGAGUUGGUGCCAGAAGCAAGAUUUGAACAGGGGCUUUUGGCUUGAACUCCUAGUUGCAGGCAGAGCUGCCUCUGAGCUGCUCAUGGAACUUGGAGUUUCAGUGACUGAUGAUCCCGGAGUGUUCUGAGAACUUGAGGCGCUCUGUCCACAACCCCCACCCCAAGCUGGAGGGUAUGUGGUACAUCUAAAUGUGCCACAUGUAGGCCGUGUUACCUCCACCAGAGCCUCACUCCCAGAUGGGUGGAUUCCUCAGCCUCCUGCUCACCUGUUGCAUCUGAGGGCUGACAAGCAGGGAUGGACGGAUGAGUUUAUUUUUGGUCCAUGGCUGCCAGGCUGCAUUCUGCCAGGCCCUGCCCCCUCUGCCAGUCCCAAGGGUAGUCAGAGCCCUGUGGGUCCCUUUACUUUCAGAGGCCACCUGCGGAGCCCCAUCUCUCCUCAACCUUAACCCCUUCCUUUCCUUCUUCCAGCCUCUUUCUCUUGCAGUAUCACCCACUCUUCUCUCCUCCUUUCUGGCUUCCCUGACUUCAAAGCCAUCUGCUCUACCUGCUUUCUCUCCCUCGGUUUGGGACCCUUCCAGGGAGAUGCUGCCAGCUGCCUUUUCAUUCUGUGGCUAUUUCUGCUGUGCUGGGAGCCUCCUUUCUCAGAGGCUGAUCAAUCCUGCUGGCAAGCUGUGGAACCUGCUCCUCACACCUCCAUUCAUAAAUCAGUUGGACCCUGGUUCUGUAGCAAUCUGUGCAUUUAAAAAAGGGGGGCAGAGAAAACUGCAUUUCCCCCCUCAAAAUAUGCAUCAGUCCACGGCAUCUCCAGGUGCGGCCCCACCUGAAAUCCCCGAGAGGCUCUCCACUCAGUAGAGACAGUGUGCAGCUAAAGGAACCAAAUGGUCUGACUCUAGAAGUCUGCUCUGUAUGGUACCAUGAAUAUGGGGUGGGAGGUAAAAAGGAUGCUUCCCUACAAGCCCUUGCUUCAGAUCUGGCCCUUCAGAGGCAGUAAAGGCCUCCAGUUGCUGGAAAUCACAAGUGGGGAGAGUGGCUAUUUAUUUUAUUGUUAAUUAUUUAUUUACUUUGUAUUCUGUCCUAUACUCUUAUAUAUCAGGGCUGGUCGCAACAUAAAGUCACGACAUAAAAAACAAAAAGUACAUAAUAAAAACAAAGACAACCCAAUAGCCCCCCUUCCACACCACAUUUUCAAAGGGCAUCAGAUGUCAACCAGCCCAAGGCCUGGUGAAAGAGGAACCUUUAAAGGUGUAGAACGAAGGUGGCAGCCGAACCUCGCUUGCCCUCAGUUCCUGCUUUCAGGCUCUAUAUAGGUCCCUGGUUGGCCGCUGUGAGACAGGAUGUUGGACUAAAUGGGCCCCCUUUGGUCUGACCCAGGGGCCAGUUCCUGUGGAUUAGAUAGACAAAUAAGUCACAGUGUGCAAACACCCUGCCCCCCCGACUCAACCUUCCACCGGUUUCUUGCCACAUUCACACCAUGCAUAUGAUACCCCUUAAAACAAUCAUGGCUUCCCUCAAAGAAUCCUGGGAACUCUGUGAGGGGGAAGAGGAGUCACCUAACCACUCUCAGUGCCCUUAAUAGCUCCCAGGAGUCUUUGGGGGAAGCUGUGUCUGUUUAAAGUGGUAUCAUAGAGCUUUAAACAUGCAGUGUGAAUGUGGCCUCCCUGCACAAUCCAGAACGUCAGUGUUUUGAGAGAGAGAAAUGGAGCAAAAUCUCCUGUCCACUUCUUCACCCCCUACAGGCCACAUUUGCCGCAUCUUGCUUACACUUGGGAAGGUUUGGCCUCUUCGAUCUGAGGAUACUCUCCUCUUCUCUUGGCAAAGCUGAAAAGAUUUGCCAUUUGUGGUUGCCCUGAGAAAAGAACUGCAGCUGUCAUGGGGUCUAGUUGGGUGGUUGCUUCUAACCCCUUUCAAAAGCAUGUUUUGAAGGAUAUAGGAUUAAACUGGCUCCUGCCAGAGCUGGUGCCUGUUACAAAUGAGCUUAGCUCCUGCUUUCCUGCUGGGGUGGAAAUGUCAUACUUUGGAACAGGAUCCCCAAGAGUUUGUUAGGAUCCCAAAAUGUAAAAUGAGAGCAUGUAUGUUUUGUGUGUGGUGCCCUAAGCCUACUUCACACAAAAUGAGGUAGCUAAAAAGUGUACCAGUUUGAGCUGCAGGUGAGAAGCAUCUUAUUUACUUAACAUAUUUUAAUUACCCUGCCCUUGGGUUUUGCGAAAACUCCUAGGGCAGCUUACAAUUAAGACAACCAAGAAAAACCAGGGAUCUUCUACAUGCUAAACACCUGCUCUACAACUGAGCUGUUACCCUUCUUGAAGGAUCACAUUUUGCUUCCACAAAUCUUUUUCCUGGUUGGAUUUUAGUUGUCCAUGAGCAUUACAUAAAUAUCACCACAAGUCAUGGUUUAUGCUAACCAGGUUUGUUCAUGAUUCAGGUUUCCUGGAUAACAUCACCCCUUAGCUUCUAGCUGUGAUUAAGGAGGAACUAUGGCUGACGUUAUGGCAGAAGUUAACCUGUCUUUUGAUGUAAUGCUUUCCUGGCUAAGACUGGCCCCGGGCAAUAUGGGCCAGAGAGGAGUGUGGGUGGAGGAACUUAACUGCAGCUAAAAGUUCAGGCAAAACUUGUGGUUUCAGCCUUCUUGCUUGUGGCUGAACAUCAGUUCCACUUUGCUCAACAGCAAAUCAGCAGUAACAGCAGCCUGUAGAAAAUGAAGUGAGUCAGCACUUUGAGGUGUAUGGGGUGUUUUUUUUUUGGUAACUUUGCAGAAUUACUGCCCACCUUCCAAGCGACUUAUGCUGAGUCAAGCUGGGAUAUGGAAACUUGUAGCACAUCUGCAAAUAUUAGUUGAGAGAGAAAGGGAUGCUGGUUGCCAUGGUGGGUGGAGAAAGCGGGGGGGGGGACUUGUAUGUUCCAAGGAACCAGGGUUAGGUUUCUUUGAGUUAGUGUCACCUUGUGUGGCGAGGUCCCUGGGCCCCGCAGCCCCCUCCAAAAUAAAUACACAAACACAAGUAAAUUGGGUUAAUGGGAUAAAUAAGGCCACAACUUUAUUGGUUACAGAUGUGAGCGGUUUGGCUUAGGCAAUUGGGUGAAGCAAGGCUAUAUCCUGACUCCUGCCCGACUGCAGGAAGUCUCAUAAGGGUCAACCACAGGAAGGGGGAACCUUAGAAUAUACAUCAAUUAAGAGCACCCCCAGCAUCACAGUUGGGGUCAUGGCAUGACCCUAGCCCACACCCAGGCUUCGGACAGGAACCACACCCCCAGAUCCCUUUAACGGGAUCUUCUUCUUCUUCUUCGGUGAUCACUCUUAGCCAAGUAAGAUAGUCUUCCAUAAACACAGUUUUAGUAGUGAGUCCAUAAGUAACUCUGGAGGCCAAUUCUGGAUCCACACAUCCUUCCACAGUGGGGAUAGUGGUUUCUGGGCGGGAGUUGAUCAAGGUGUGGAUUUGCCAAGCACGCCUUCCUCUUAACACGUUUCUCCCUUGCGUCCUGAGUUCGAGGGGAGGGGCAGGCGGAGGCAACAACCUCCCCUCCCAUAAUAAGGCUUACCCAAUGCCUAGCCAAAUGGCUAGUGCCAAUUUUGCCAAGUGGAAAAAUUCCUACCUGGCCCCACAACCAGGCGACCGACAUUAGUCAUAGCAAGGCCAUAGUCAAUCCACACAAGAAAAGAGGGCGGGCGGGCUGGGAGAUCCCAAGAAUGGAGGCAAAAGGAAGCGGUUUCCCAUGCCAUGCCGCAAUUUAAACAGUCGUAGCCACACCCCCAGGCAAACCCGAUUGGCCGGGCUGUGUGACGCAGCCGGGGAUCCUGCUGACGUGGGCUGCGUUCCUCCACCCACUGCUGGGUCGCUGCAAGGACCUGGAUUCCUGCUUACAAAGCAGCCCCCCCAAAAAAGGGGGAACUGACUUCCCACCACACAGUCCUGAAGUGAUUUACAACAAGAAUCAGGUGCAUAAGCACCUCUGUAUUUAAAGCCUAUCAGAGUACAAACAGCCAAGGCCAGCUCUCUCUCCUGCCCCUGUCCCCUCAGAUCUGAGGAUGGGGCCGGAGAACCACGUAGCUGAGGGGACCCUCUCUGUCUCUGGGUUGUUCAGGCCUGAGGCGGAUUUCUGCUAUGUGCCUGAAACUCCAUUUCUGAUGCCAUCUGAGGCAACAGGUUUCUGAAGGAUUCCCCCCUCUAGCAUAGCUAAGAGACACGUGUGUGUGUGUGUGUGUGUGUGUGUGUGUGUGUGUGUGUGUGGAUCAACCAUUUCAUUGGUAAAUGAAGGAAUAAAAGGUUUUAAGAUAAUUCAGUGCACAGAAGCAUUUUAGUUCUCCUUUACUCUCUGCCAAACAGAGAGAAAAAGAUGGGAUACAAAUGCAAUGGCAAAUAAAUAAGUAGGAGAAUUUUCCAGAAAACCCAACUUGCUGUGUAUCAAGGAGGCCAAUAAGUUGGCGGGGCAGAGGUGGUGUGUGCGCAGGUAUUGGGAAGCGAGUGUAACUGAAGCCUGGAAGAGUCACGAGUACCGGGCAAAGAUGGGUCACUUGGGAGGGUUUGUGUACUGAGAGAGACACUCCCUUCAUUAUCAUCGCUGCUUCUGAAGCAAAGCUCCCCACCCUCAGGGCAGUUAACUUUGUCCUCUUGGACAAGGCUGAGAGCGGCUGUUGUUUUCCCCUCUACGUGACAGUGACCCUGCUUCUCUUACCGGCUUUUCUGGUUCAGAUUGUCUGCUCAAAGCCCUUGCCCCCAGAGGGGAGGCUGCUUGCUGCUAGAUGCUUCUCCGUGUGAUGCGUUGUGCUGAUUUUGCCACCUUCCAGUGGGCGUGGGUAACUCUGUAUACCAUGAGUAGGCAACCUAAGGCUCGGGGGCUGGAUCUGGCCCAAUCGCCUUCUAAAUCCGGUCCGCAGACGGUCUGGGAAUCAGCAUGUUUUUACAUGAGUAGAAUGCGUCCUUUUAUUUAAAAUGCAUCUCUGGGUUAUUUGUGGGGCAUAGGAAUUCGUUCAACCCCCCCCCCCCGAAAAAAUAUAUAGUCCGGCCCCCCACAAGGUCUGAAAGACAGUGGACCGGCUCCCUCCCUGUCAGUUUGCUGACCCCUGCUGUAUACGGUGCCUCUGCCUUGCGUGUGACAGUAUCUUUCAGAUAGUCCUGGAAUGUCCCAAAAUUACCUUUCUGUGCAUCCUGGUAGUGUUUUGAAUCUCUGGACUUCUAGUCCAUAUGCCCUUGGACGAGCUGGGAUAACUCAGUCAGUAGAGCAUGAGACUUGCUCUCAGGGUUGUAGGUUUGAGCCCCACACUGGGCAAAAGAUUCUUGCAUUAAUAGAAUAGUGCAGGGGGUUGGACUAGGUGACCCUCGUUGUCCCUUCCAACUCUGCAAUUAUGAGUCUAUUACUUUUGUGAUGGGUGAUGAUUCAGAUUGAGCUGGAUUCCUCCGGGCAGGGCCAAGAGGGGACAGCUAUUUUUACAAUUAGAUUUUCUGUUUAUAGCCCAAAUAUGUAACCCUGUAUAAAAACAGGCAAACCAAUAGUUUUAGAAUGAUCCUUUUGCACAGCUCCCACCAUGAAUUUCCAUCAUGAAUUUCCCAGGAGAAAUUUCCAGGGGACUGUUGCCCCUUGGCUCAAGUCUGCUUUGCACAUGGAAAUUCCCAGGUUCAGUGCCCUUCGCCUCCAGGAAAAUGAGCCCUGCUUGAAAUCCGACUGAAGUUGCUGCUAGUUGAUACACCAUUCUGGCCAGACGGACCAUGGAUCUCAUUCUGUACAAGGCAGAUUACUGUGUUCCUAUUUAGAAUUCAUUUAGAAUUAUGAGGACUGAAAUCUUACUUGGCCCUACAAAGGGCUCCAGCUCACUGACAGAGCCUAUACCAGUGUUUCCCAAACUUUUUCCAAACCAGUUGUUUUUAGACUGCAACUCCUAUCAUCCCUAGCUAGCAGGACCAGUGGUCAGAGAUGAUGGGAAUGAUGGUGAUGAAGGGCCAGCUAGGGCUGCUUGAAACCCUGGAGCUGUCCACGAAGUAGACAGACAUCUUAGAUGGCCCCGUGGUCUGACGAAGGCUGUGUACACACAUUCGCAUCACACUGCUCCUCUUUUACGAGCCUCCCCAAUCCGCCCCUCCUGCCCCACUCAUUCAGCUGCCUUUGCUUCCCUUGUGGUCCCUAACAGGAAAGAGUCCAGCAUCCUGAGUUUUAUCUGCUCCUGUGGAAAGGAGACACCAUUAACUGUGGGCAACCACAAGGCUGCUUUUCUCGGAUUUGUGGUGUGCAGAUGAGCCCCUGGCUGCAACCAGCCUGCAGAUUAUGCUUUGGCUCAGAUAGGGGCAGGGAACUCGCUUUGCUCUGAGGGAGUCCUGGAGGGUUGUUGAGAAGGGAAUGUGGCUUUUUGGAUGAAAAAGGUUCCCCACCCCAGCCUCUGAGCAUGUGCUUAGCCCGGCAAUACGGGUUUGUAUCAGAAAUGAUUUUACUGUCCUUUUGCCCAAGAAAACCUGAGCUUUCUUCAUUUCUGCUGCAUAACGCGGGUGGGUGGGGAGUGAUUUUAUAGUUGCCACAGUUAAAGCAGUUGGGAGUCAGAAACCCUGGCUGAUCUUCUCCUUAUAACCCCGGCGUCUCCUGGUCUCUCUUCUGCUUGCCUCUGCUGCAGCAGACCUUGAAGACCGCCUGGCGGAACAGCUCUGUGCUGAAGCAUCAGUCUGGCAUGCAGCUUCAGUCCCUGGCAUCGCCAGUCAGGGCAGAAACUCUCCCCCAUCUGAAACCCCAAAGGGCUGCUCUCUGCCAGUGUGGACAAUACUGACCUAGAUGGACCAGUGAUUUGACCUGGUACAAUACAAGGUAGCCUCUUAUAUUCCAAAGUAGAUCCCAGAACUGCUGCCUGGGACCCUGCGGUUUGUGGGAGGGGCCUUUCAGGAGGAAUUUGAACAUUCCUGUGUUCCCAGGGAUUUGACAGCAGAAGGAUCCUGAGAUCACUGAAUGAGACAAUUUUUUAAAGGAAAAAAUAUUUUUAGAAUGCUUUAACUGUAACUCUUUUUAGAAUGUUUAAACUAUUUUUAGAUUGCUUUUUUGGGGAUUCACUGGCAGAGGAAGAGGAGUGGGGGGGGAGUGCACCGCCCCUGGCAGCGCAAUCCCAGUGGCGUGCCAUCGUGGCUGCCCCCCCACCUGUGCUGGAUGCUACACCCCCACCUGCGCUGUCGCGCCACACCCCCAAGACGCGCGCCAGCCCUGCCCCACCUUCUCUCCAUGCCCCCCCCCCCCCCGGUGCCGGAUCAUGAAGCUCCGCCAAUGUGGGAUUUAUGGUUGUUUUGUUAAGGAUGCAUUUUGCCACCCUGGGCUCCUGCAUGAAGAAAGGCUGGAUAAAUAUGUCCAAUAAAUAAAACAAAUCUUUUGAAUUCAUUAAAUGAAUAAGGGAACCUCCAUUUUAGUUGAAACAACACUACCACUUUCCCCAAAGGGAAACUUCAGAAUGAAGCUGAAGUAAACAGAAAAUGGAUUUCAUUAGCAAAUCUGACAGUGGAGACCUUGGGUCUUAGCAAAUCCUGGGUGUGGCUGCUUCACUACAGAAAAUGAUUUUUCUCCUUGAGGUGCCUAUUUGCCCUGCGGAUCUGGCCCUGCCCAUGUGCCUCACCCAGCGGCAGCUCGCCAGAAGGGAGUCACACCCCUCUUGAUGGGCUCUCCUCUUCCUUGGGUUCGAUCUCGUGUUCAUAGGUACACCUGCGGCGCUUUCUCUCUUGUAUUGCUUGACCUUCUGUCCUUGCUUUGUGGUUUAGUUAUUUUUAAAUAAAUUCUGUACUCAGAGUUGUUGCAGCAACUCAGCUAAGGACUGAGCUAGACGAAGCACCCUAAAUGCAAUUGGCGAUUUUGUGGAUGGCUUAUUAAAAGUAAAAUACCUGGUCCCUGGAGGCGCGGAGGGGGCAAUCUGAACUGCAUCCUGGUGUGGGAGGAAGGGCAUAUGGGUUUUAGAUCAUAGCCGCCCCCCGCCCCCCCAGCAGUUCCAAUCCAGUUUGGCUCUCCCCCCCCCCUGCUUCCCCCAGGCCUUCUUCUUGCGUUGGAAGGAAAACUCCAUCCAUGCCUAUAACGUUUUUCUUAUAGUGCAGAUAGCAGCCAUAACCAGUCUGAAAUGGGUCAUGAUUACCAUGGGGAGGGGCUUAAAACCCCUAACCUUCCUUCCCUGUCACUUUCCAUGCAUACUGUUUAGGUUUUUUUAAGCCGUUCACACUCUUUCUGUGUAAACUGGUGUCUUGUCCAGUUUGGCACCCUGGUGGCCGCUUGGUGUUUCUGGUGAAGCCAUUCUGGCCCCGUGUGCACACAGUGAUGAACCUUUUUGGCUUAUUGUGGCUUCCUGCUUGCAAGCAGUAAUCUGGUGCACACUGCCUUAUCGCUCCCACAGAGAUAAUGGCUUUGGGCUCCCUAACAUACCAUGAGGGCUAACCAGCCUAGGACUCUUAAGGCUUUUGCCCAUUAAAACCUUGUGCCAUAGCAAACUGUUCAGUCUUUAAGGGGCCACAGGUCUCUCUGAUAUAUAGAGGCAUUUCCCCAUAAAUCCCAGUUUGCAGGGGGUGGUGAGGCAACAACACAAACCGGCUGCCUUUAGCAUUCAAGCAAGGAUGUUGGACUAGGAUUUGACCCAGCAAGACCAUCCUUGGGUUCUUAAUUGGCUUUGGCAGCUGAACUGGCACAGAAAGCGGUGUGGUGUUGUGGUUAGGGUAUUGGACUAGGACCUGGGAGACAAGGGUUCAAGUCCCCUGCUCAGUCAUCAGCUCACAGGGUUGUUGUGAAGAUUAUGUGGCGAGCGGGGGGGGGGGGGAGUGUCAUGUACACCACUUCAAGCUCCUUGAAGGAAAGGCGAGAUGGAAAAGCUAAUGAUUAUGAUAAUUGGAAUUGGAAUGAACGGAGCCUCCAGGCUCAAAGGCUGCAAUGCCUGCCAUAUAGAAACACCGUGCCCUGAGGUUGAGGAGGUUCAUCCUGAGUAAGCCUGCAUUUCUGUCUGUCUGUAUACAUUCACACCAUCAACUGCUUCACUUUCUGGCUUUUGGUGUCCUUUCCACCCUCUCUUUUUAGUGCAGGGCCCAGAGAUCCCUGGCAGCGACUGGCAGGCAGAGAAGGACAGGCACCUGGGGAGAGGUCCUGCCAGGAUGCGCCUUGCUUGGCAGUGGCAGCCCCCAGUGGGCUGCUCUGCCGCCUUUGCCAGGGCAGGGCGGGAAUUCCUGCCACCAAGCAGGCACCUGUGGAUGGGUGCCUGGUUGCGCCCCCUAAAAUUUUUGCACCUGGGGCCAGCCCCCCCCCCCCCCCGCUGUGCCACUGGGUCCCGGCUACACCACCCAAGUUCCUGCACGAUCUCGCAGGAGCAUCCUGGCAUGCAGUAAGACCUGUGGACCUGGCAUGCAGUAAGAGAGCUUAAAAUCUAUGGUGCUUGAUGCAGAAAUCCAGGGGGGUGGACUAGGGGUCUCCUGCAAUUCCGCUUGCCUGAAGUAUUUUGGACUGGGGGGAGCAAUCCCCCAAUCUCUUCCCAGGUUCUUUGAUGAUGGCAUUGCACGGAGUCACUGCUGGCCGCAGGAGCCUUCUUGCUGCGUGAGGUCACCAUUGCCUAUUUUUGGAACUGGAGUUAGUGUGACUUAAUCCUCUUCAAUUAUGGCUGUCUGGGAACCCGGUGACAGAGCACACAGCAGUCUGGCAGCGCUAGCAGACUGAAACCUCCCAGCAAGGGACGGUUGUGUAUGUUGCAGAGCUAGGAAUUGGGAAGCUGCCUUCUGCCGAGCCAGACUGUCCAGCCCAGUACAGUGGUACCUCGGGUUAAAUACUUAAUUCCUUCUGGAGGUCCGUUCUUUUUUUUUUUAAUAUAAUUUUUAUUAAAAUUUUUCAUUAUAUCAAUUCCAACAUCAAACAAAUUUUCACAAAUUUCAGUUUUUGGACUUCCAUCAGCUUCUCUGUCAAACAUCCAUAUUUUCCCAUUUUUACACAUUUUCUAAGUUUAAUAUUGCAUUUUAAUAUUACUUUUAAAUCCUCUUUCUGUUUAACAAAUAUUCCUCUACCUUUCACAAAGCCUCUUUAAAUCCCACUAGCGUUGUUUGUUCAUCACAUGUACUUUUCAGAUAUUCAGUAAAUUUUUCCCAGUCCUCGAUGAACUUGUGUUCCCGUUGAUAUCUAAUCUUCCAGUCCAAUCCAGUCUUUUAUAGGGAGUGAAUCCUAUUGAAUUCAAUGGAAUUUACUUCAAAGUAAACGUGCAUAGCAUCAUGCUGCACACAAUUUGGUGUGUCCCCCACAUGACAUACAAUUAACAUGUUUUCACAGCCACAAAGUGUGGUAGUGCCUGUUGGCAUUUGGCGAUAUAUUGCCUUGAGCUUUUACUUAGUCUGCCAUGGCUGACAUAACCACUGGUAGAUCUGUUCUCCAUGAUUUUGUCCUCCUCUCUCUCUCUUUUUAAAAAAGCUCCCCAAAUUUGUGACCUUCACCAUAUCUUGUGGUAGUUUGAUAAAGCAAGGAUGGGGCUUGGAGCUGAGCGAGGGGCUGAGUUGAGUCAUUUGGAUCUGCUUCUCAACGCUUUGUGUGUUUCCUGCUUCCCGGAUAGCAAAAGCUCAGUGCCUUGCCUAAGGUUCAGGAGAAGAACUUUGCACAUGUGUUGUGUGGGCAAAAAUGACUAAUUUAUUUAAAUCAUUUCUAUACAGCUUUAUCUCUUUUUUUAAAAAAAAUAAGAUAAACAGUUUACAAUCUAAAUUAAAACAUCAAAUAAAGCAUUGCAAAAUGCCAAAGCAUUAUAUAUGAAGGUUAAAUAUACAAUAUACCGUAUUUUUCGCUCUAAAGGAUGCACCGGACCAUAAGACGCACCUAGUUUUAGAGGGGGCGAACAAGAAAAAAAAUAUCUCUCCCUCUAUGCGCAGAGCCCCUUCAGCGAAGUGGCAGGAGAAAUGGAGCCUCUCCAGCGCCUCUCCAGCGAAGUGAAGCCAGGAGAGCAAGAGGGAUCUUGCUCUCCUGGCUUCAGCAAAAGCAACGCAAAGCCUCUGGAGUGCAGCGGAAGCUCCCCCUGCGCUCCGGAGGCUUCAGGCGGCUAUCCCUGAAGCCUGGAGAGCGAGAGGGGUCGGUGCGCACCAACCCCUCUCGCUCUCCUGGCUUCAGCGAAAGCAACGCAAAGCCUCUGGAGCGCAGGGGGAGCUGCUACUGCGCUUUGGAGGCUUUGCGUUGCUUUCGCUGAAGCCAAGGAGCCUGCAUUCGCUCCAUAAGACGCACACACAUUUCCCCUUAAUUUUUGGAGCGGAAAAAGUGCGUCUUAUAGAGCGAAAAAUACGGUACAUUUAAAGCAGCAUAAUUAACAGAAAAACAAAAUAUUCAUACAAACUGUUGCAUCCCAUAGCUUUAGAUGUUAGGAAAAACAGCAUCUUGUCUUUGGCAGGUAACAGCUGCCACCCAAGACACAGUGUCUUCUUUCUGUCUAUCUGCAGGUUUUAAAAUUGCAAGGACAGCAUCAGUUGUUAUCUCUUAGUUUCACUAGCCAAGGGACAUCAGCUUCCACCUUGGACUUCCCAGGGUGAUGUUUGAUGCUGAAAUUGAAAUCAGCCAUUAUUGCUACUUGCCAGUGAAUGGUGGCAUUAUACCUGGUGGAGGUAAAGCCAUAUUCUAAGGCGGUGUUAUCACUGUUAGUUUCUGUUUCUCACUGAGCAGCUGCGUGGAGUCACAGGUUGAACGGAGUUCCAACAAUCACUGUAGCCAGAACUUUCCAAACUGUGUGUUGUGACCCGUUAGUGUGCCGGCUGCAGUGGCAUAGGUGUCUUGCACGAGCGCCUUCCCACACUCCUCCCAGGACUGGAAAGGGGUUAGUUUAACCUCUGCUUUGCUAGUAAAACUCAAUUACUGUGUCGCAAAAUGAUGCAUGUCUAAAAAGUGUGUCAUUAACAUGAAAAGUCUGGAAAGCUUUUUUGUAGACCAUAAUAUUAAUUCAUUCAUUUCAUAAAAUCUAUUUACUGCUUGAUUGUAAAAAACUUUAAAGCAGUUUACAAAAAGAUAAAACAAUAUAAUCGAGGAAAAAUCACAACCAUACUAUAAAACAUGCAAAAAUUAAAAUACUAAGACAGAUUAAAAUCACCUCAACUUUCUAAGCACCUGAGUCGGCUUGUCUGACCAAGAAUGUUCCAGCAGGUGUCAAGAAGAGCACAGGGAGUCCCAGAGUGCAGGUCCUGCCACAGGAAGCAACUCAGCACCUUCAAUUGCAGAACGGGCAUUGUGCGGCACCUGUAGCAGUGCCAGCGGCCAAGUGGGCACAUGUGGGACAAGCCCAUCUCAUAAGUAAUAGAGAUUGUUCUGGAGCCUCUCUGCAACCGUCCACUGCAAGGCCAGGAACUCCAGUUUUCCUGAGUGCUUGCGAUACUUUUUCUGUCCUGGUGCUAAUGUCCUUGACCCAUAGCCAGUAUCUCAGCUGGCUUCAUGGCAUUGGUAGAGAAUGGCACCGAGCCCUUCGCUGAGGGCAUCUGUCAACAGGUAGACUAAAAGGCAAUGACCUAUUUGGGGUCUCCAGCACAGCUCUUUAUGUCAGGAGAUUGUUCUGGGCCAUCAAUACACUUUGGAGUUGAUCAGUCCAGGUCAACACCACUACUUUAAAAGGAUAGACUAAAGAGGCUUGAUACAUGUCUGGGAUAGCUCAGCUGGGAGAGCAUGAGACUCUUAACCCCGGGGUCAUAGGUUUGAGCCCCAUGUUGAGACUAGAUGGCUUUUGUGGUCCCUUCCAACUCUAUGAUUCUAUAUUUUAAAAGCACCAUGAAUGUGAAUGUAUCAUAAGCAUCACUGUUGUGGGACAUCUAGGAGGAGAUCUUUGUAGAAAUAAUGAAAAAUACUGGGAAAAGCUGUUAAAGAAGACGAAAGAAAACCUCCCAAAAUAGUAUUGUUGGGUAUAUUCAGUGGAAACAACCGAGGGUUAUUAUAUAAACAUUUAAUUGGUGACUUAUUAAUGGCAGCAAGAAUACUGAUAGCUAGAAAUUGGAAAGAGGUAAAGGGUUUAAGUGUACAAAAAUGGUAUAAUGUCAUUGUCUGAAAAACAAACGCAAAAACUUUGUGUACUUAGAGGGCACAAAUAGAGGGAGACUUUUAUGGUGGACUGAUGGCCAUUCAUCCAGCCCAGAAACAAAGAAUCUGUGGGACAAACUGUGCCUGCUGUGUUGCAUAAUACACAAUUGCAUUAGCAUCUUCCUUUAUACUGACAUAAGCAACUUUUGGACUCUCUCCAGUGUUUAUAUGGAUUUUACUCUUAUUAUUUAGAUCUGAACUGUGUCAUACUGGCCACAUGACCCAGAAGCUGUAUACCGGCUCCCUCGGCCAACAAAGCGAGAUGAGCGCCGCAACCCCAGAGUCGGUCACGACUGGACCUAAUGAUCAGGGGUCCCUUUACCCUUACAUAGGCCUUCAGGCUGGGUCAAAGGGGGGGGGGCUCAGUUUGUCACCCCUUCAACACUUAAUAUAGGUGGUUUUUUACUUCUUUAUAUAAUGGAGGGGGGAUGGAAAUGUAGGUCUUCUGAACUGGCUGUUGGUUUUAUAGACUGAUACCCGUCUGUAAUGGUGGGAUUUGCCCCAAGUUUCCAUCAGCUAUGGAAAAUGCCCUGAUUCUUCUCCCAGUAUUUGUUGGGCAUUUCUUUCUGUGGUUCUGAAAGGCUACACAUGUCUACAGAUGGUCCAGAUAUACUCUCUUGCCCCCUUCUUCCCAUUGAUAUGAUUCAGGAUCAGUGCUAGAAACUGGGAUUUAAAAGCUAUUUGCCACUUGGCUCCUGGAACCCAGGUUGUGGGCACCAAAACAAAAUGUCUAGUCCCAUUUUUUAAUUAUUCAACAACACUUUUUAUUUUUAUCUUUUGGAAAGCAAGGAUUAAAGAUGUGCGUCUUUUGGUGCUGCACGAGCAAGGUGAUCCACGGGGCAUCGCGGCACCAAAAGGCCGUGUCUUCUGCCCCCGCGCUGUCCCACAGAUCAGCUGAUUCGUGCAGCAGCACAGCACCAAAAGAGGUGACAUCAGGAUAAAGAACCGAGGACGUCUCAGUUUUCAGUCCCAUCACAGGCCCAUCAUCACUGAAGGCAAAAUUGGUUCACAAGGAUGAAAAUAGGUCUUUAGAGUCGCUCUGUGGAGUCUGUGGGACAUAUCCUGUCCUUGUCAUUGAUGACCAUUCUUUUGGAGAUCCAAAAUAAAAUCUGCAAAAAAAGAUAUGUCAGUUGGUCUUCUUAAGAAAGAAACAAAUUUCAGUCCUACGAAGCGGCAUAGCAUGGGCAGGGCGUGGUCUCGGGCACACAAUCUGGGGUGUGUGUGUGUGCAAACCAGCCCCCCUCUGCAGAGAUCCCUGUUGUUGUGACGUGGGGUUUGUGAUUUCAGCUCUCCUGAUAUAACAUGCUGGAGACAGUUCUCUAGUAACACUUCUUUAUUAAAGCAACAAGACUAAAGACUGGGGAGAGGAAAGCUACAUUUAUAGGGACAGGGAACUAGCAAGAAAGGAUACAUUUUGGAGGGAACAAUAUCAGGCAAUCACAGUCCUGCCUUUUGGAGGGAACCAAUAAGACAGAGGAUCCAAAUACAGCAGCUUAAAUGAACCAAUAGUAGCUGUACCCUCUGGAACCAAAAGGCAGUUACUUUACCCUAAUGCAAAUACAGACAAUAAGAAUACAGAUAUAAAAUCCUUUGACUCAAUACACAACACCCCUUCCCCCCUAGUGAGCACAGCAGACGUAAUCUCUCAGGUACUGUGGGGGCCUACAACUUCUACUUGAUCUCCUGACAACAGGUGUUGCAGGUUCUGGAUUGGGUGUUACCUGCGGUAGAGGGGCUGCUCUAGGGGUUUCGUCAGGAACAGAUGGAGUCCCCAACAUCUCAGGGUCCCCUAUCUGUACCUCGUCAUCGUGAGGACUAGCAGACCCUGGUUCAUUUGUUAAAGCCCCUGGUGCUUGCACCUCUGGGCCAUUUUCACUCUGGUCUUGCGGCUCUGCGUCGUUAGCCUGGGAUGAAUUAUCUGGCUCCUCCCUGCUGAGCGCCCGGCGCCUCAGCUGAUCUAUAUGUCUCUUCCACACUUGCCCAUUUUCCAAGGUCACAUAAUAGGACACAGGUCCACUAGCCCGGGUGACCACACCAGCCACCCACCGCGAACCUCGUGAAUAGUUCCUCACCCAGACCAGAUCUUCAGGGGCGAGAUACCUUGUUGUGUCAGUCUCAGCCUGGGGGGUUGCUCUUGAAUUAUGGUUUGGCAUUUUAUCCGGGUGGACAUAAUCCAGCACCGUUACCAGUCUCCUACCCAAGAGCAGCUCAGCUGGCGACUUGCCCGUUGCGGUACACGGCGUCGCAUGCUGCAAAAAUAACAUUCGCGCGAUGCGAGCUGACCAGUUACCCUCCAUUAAGCGCGCAAUGGAUUCUUUGGCUGUUCUUACCAUGCGCUCAGCCUGCCCAUUGGAGGAUGGGUGAAAGGGCGCGGAUGUGACCCCUCUUAUGAAGUUAUCAGCCAAGAAUGCCCUGAAUUCUUGGGAUACAAAAGCUGCCCCAUUAUCUGAUACAAUGGUCUCAGGUAACCCGUGGGUUGCAAACAGCUGCCUCAACACCUUGAUGACGGCAGCUGAUGCCAUGCUAGGGACCAUCGCCACUUCUAACCAUUUGGAAUAUGCAUCAACGAUAACCAAAAAGACCUUUCCUUGGAAUGGCCCAGCAAAAUCUAAGUGCAGCCGGCUCCAGGGAGAUCUGGACUGCUCCCACCAGUGGACUGGUGCUCUGGCCACUUCUGGCCGCACCUCUUGGCAUGCCUUGCAUGUUCGUACCCAUUGUUCUAUGUUCUGGUCCAUUCCAGGCCACCACACAUAACAUCGGGCUAGCGACUUCAUCCUGACCAUUCCCGGGUGUCCCAUGUGAAGCGCCUCAAGAACCCUGUUUCUCAGUGGUGCUGGGAUGAUGACCCUAUCUCCCCACAGGAGACAACCCUUAUGCAUGGACAACUCGUGCUGCCUAGUCGCAUAAGGCCUGAAUUUGUCUUCAUGCGGACCACCUGGCCACCCCUCCCCACCCAAGUGAGCACACGGGAGAGAACAGCAUCUUUCCUCGUUUUCUCAGCUAUAUCAGUAGCCGUUACAGGAGCCCCGGAAGAGUUUCCAGCAUCAUUAUGUGCUCCGCUGGAGCAGGAACAUCAGUGCUCCCGCCAGGAAGGGGCAAACGACUCAGCGCAUCCGCGUGGCACAACCGUUUCCCGGCACAUGGGUCAAGGUGUACUGGAACCCGCUCAGGAAUAUAGACCAACGUAACAUUCUGGGGGAGAGAAUUUGUGGCGUUUGUUUGUUCGGGUUGAACAACCCUAACAGUGGCUUGUGGUCCGUUUCAAUGUAGAAAUGGCGACCGUACACAUAAUCAUGGAACUUUUUGAUUCCUGCCACAAUUGCAGGCGCCUCUUUGUCAAUUUGAGCAUAGUUGCGCUCUGUGGGCGACAACGUACGGGAAUAGAAAGAGAUGGGCUUUUCCGACCCAUCCGGUUCCCUAUGACUUAGCACCGCCCCCAGGCCGUAUUGAGAGGCAUCACAUGCCAGGACCAGAGGCUUUGACUCGUCAUAAUGAGCAAGGACACUCCUGCUACUCAGCAUUCCUCGCAAGGAGUCAAAAGCCUUCUGCUGCCCCUGCCCCCAUCGCCACACAGUCUUUCUCUGCAACAGUCUAUGUAAUGGUUCAGCUACCGAGCUUUCUGGGGUAAGAACGAAUGAUAAAAGUUAAUAAGUCCCAGGAAUGACUGCAACUCCGUCUUGUUCUGUGGUCGUGGCGCCUCGAUGAUGGCCUUAAUCUUAGCAUCUGUGGGGUGGAUGCCUGAUGCAUCAAUUUUAAACCCCAAGAAAUCCACAGUUGGCACCUCAAAACUGCAUUUUUCCUUUUCAGUUGCAACCCCACCUCCUUGAACUUGAGCAACACUGCACGAACACGCGCAACCAGUUCCUGUGGGUCUUUUCCAGCAAUCAAAACGUCAUCAAAAAUGGCAAGACCCCGGCAGACCUCUUAACAGGUGUUCCAUGAGCCCUUGAAAAUCCCUGGGGCCACACAACUCCAAAUUGUAAUCUGUUAACUCUGAACGCCCCUUUAUGUGUGACAAUAGUCUGUGCUUCCGCUGAUUGUGGGGUUACUGGCAGCUGUUGGUAAGCUUGUGCCAGGUCAAUUUUGGCGAACACCCUGCCCCCAGCCAGUUUAGCCAACAGAUGUGAUAUGACUGGAAUGGGGUAUGAGUUUCCCCUGAGUGCCUUAUUGAUAGUACAUUUGUAAUCUGCACAGAUCCUGACUUCCCCAUUUGCUUUAAGGGGCGUGACGAUUGGAGUCUCUCACUUAGCAGAGUCCACGGGUGAGAGAACUCCCUGCUUGACCAGUUUAUCCAGCUCUGCUUCGAUCUUGGGUUGCAGUGCAAAUGGCACUCGCCUUGGUUUGAGUCGGAUUGGGGCCACCCCCAGGGUCCAACUCGAAGUCAACUGGGGGCCCUUUAUAACAACCCAGUUUUCCAUUAAAGAGACCAGCAAAUUCCUUGCAUAAUGCCUCGCUCAUCUCAGGGCAGGUUUGGAUUGAAUUAAGCCCUGAUAUACUCAGUCCCAGGGCGGGGAACCAGUCAGUGCCCAGGAGACUGGGGCGACUGCCCUUCGCAAUCACCAGUUUGAGUACAGCCUGUUUGUCCCGGAACUGUACUCUCACGGCACACAUUCCCAUAACAUGGAUGCGGCCCGCUGAGUAUGACUGCAAGGUUGCCGGGAAGGGUUCCAGAGGGGCAACUUACCCCUGGGGAAGAAUGUCCUCGCGGUCUGGUCCGACACGAUAGUGAAUCCAGAUCCGGAGUCCACCUCCAUGUCGCACUGCUGACCCUCAAUCUUCACCUUGACGUGUGCCUUGCCUUGUGCUGGGAACUGCACGACCCUCCCGUUGAUCUCCGUAAUGUAGUGGCAGUCCUUUAGAAAAUGGGUUGCUGCGGGCGGUCUGCGAUGCUCCGGUCUAGGUGCUCCUGUCGCUCCCAACGCCGCCGAUCUACAGACUCUGGCGAUGUGACCUGUCUUCCCGCACGUCCGGCACAUAGCAUCCCGGAAACGACAACUCUUCCGCUCAUGGUUUCCGCCACAACCUGGGCACCUGCCUCGGUGAUCUUUGUGCACUGUGCAGGCCUGACUCACUGACUCGACCCCACGGACUGGGCUCUGGCUCGGAGUAGCCUCUAGCUCGUCCAUGGCAUGCGCAACUUCUAUCUGUGGCUUAGGGGCCUUGCGACUGGCAUCAAGCUCCUCUCUUUCAUAAUUCUCCGUGGCGGUGGCCUCCCCUGUCAUGCCCUCUCUGGCUCUGCAGCAAGGGCUGGGGGAAUGUGGAGGGUGAUGAGCCCCAGUGGUGCCAGCAGCAAGGGCUGGGUGAGUAUGUUCCUACAGAAGCACAGAGAAAGGGAGAGUUCCUGCAACUAUUGAAAAUUAAUGUAGUGGGUAAGGAAAUGAGUGUUAUCAUAUUAUUAAACAUGUAGACAGUGUGCAACACAAUAAAUCAGAUUGUGAAGCAGCAGCUCUCAGUGAGUCCUGUCCUAAGCCUUUGUUCCAAGUUCAAGUCUUCCCUCAUCCUGUCCAUUUCUCAUCUGGCUCCUUUUCAAAAACGCCCCUCUGCAGCCUGGGCUCUAAGCAGGAAGAGGUGAACAAAUUAACUUUCUUUCUGAGCUGUUUGUGCAAUUGAACAGAGGCCUAAAACUUGACUGUCCUGGGGCGGUGGGGAGGGGGGGGCAUAGCUCAGCGUUAGAGCAUCUGUCCUGCAUGCAGAAGGCCCCCAGGUUCAAUCCUCAGCAUCUCCAGGUGGGGCUGGGAGAGACCCUUGUGUGAGACCCUGGAGAGCCACUGCCAGUCAGCGCAGGCAGCACAGAGCCAGAUGGACCCGGGGUCGGCUUCUAGUCCAGGCUUCCCUCUCUUUUCGGAGAGAGUGGCUUGGUUUUUGCUUAAAGGGGCAGCAGCAUAUUAACAUAUUAACUAACCAUGCAGACUGUACAUUUACAUAUGAUUAAGGCAGACUCCGGUUGCCUUGUACUGAGUCCAGCAGUGCCCAGAGCGUCACGACACCCCUGCGCCUGCCGUAAGGGAAGGGCGGUAGGCAGCUCAGUGGGUAGAGCACACGCUUUGGGUGCACCCCGUACCCAGGUCCACUCUUUGGCGUCUCCAGGUAGGCCUGGAAGAGGCACCUGCCUGAAACCCUGGAGAGGCACUGCUAGUACUUGUCUAGUCUGGUGCCCUCCAGGUGGCUUGGACUACAACUCCCAUCAGCCCAGGCCCACACAGCCUGUUGGGAGUUGUAGUCCAACUGGGUGGGGAAGGCUGCUGCUGACAGGCCCUGAGCUUGGUAGAAGGCAGGUUCUUGUGCCCUUCUCCUGUGUUCCUCUGCCAUCUUCUUUAGGGACAAGGAAAAAGUGGUGGCAGCGGUGGUCUCUGCUGUGAUCCCCAGCCUUGCCCAGGCUGCAGUUUCUUAGCAACACCCCUCUCUCUUUCCUGAUGCCUCAAGGAGUUUACCACCCACCAGCUGUUUGCUUGUGGAUUUCCUAGACUCCUAAACCCAUAAUCCUGGGUUUAUCAGGCAGAGAGGAGAGCUUGGGAGGGAGCUGUGCAUUUGCUUCCUAAUUACUUUGGUUUCCCUGCUCUGUGGGAUGGAUCCCUGCGGGCCUGGGCUGCCUCUUAUUGCUGUCCACUUGCAAAGUUCCUACACCGCUGCUCACAGGACAAAGUUCAGGCUCAGCGUUGGAGAUGUGACUUUAUUGGUGUGUAAUGGCACUUCAUUCCACCCAAGGGUGGUGAGAAUCCAUGCUUGUGAGCAGAUGGUGCGUAAAAUGCCUCUCUAACUAAAAUGUUAGUUUAGUUAGCUGCUUGUAGAUUGCCUGUCAUAUGGGCAGAUCAGCAAGAAUGCCACAGUCUAUUAAGCAAAUAAAAAUAUCAAAAAUCAAAAGAUUUAAAAACUUCAAAAAAUGAAAUGCAACAACAGGGCAAAUUAACAUAAUGCCGUUUCUGGAACUAAACAUUGCAGGACCUGGGAACAUUGGUGUGAAGGCACCAUAGCACCAAUAGUUUUGCCGCCCGUUUGCGUUCCAUUGGGAAGUGAUUCCACAAAGAGGGAGCCACCACAGAAAAGGCUCUCUUCCCAGUCACCACCAAACACAAUUCUCCACAAUGGUGUACAGUUAAGGGGGCUCCUCGGCCAUUUGCAGUGCCUGGAUGUGGCUCUAUGAGAAGAGGCGAUCCAUCAGAUAACUUGAUCCCAAGCUGUUUAGGGCUUUGUAGCUCAGAGCUAAAGCCUUAAACCUGUCCUGGAAGCUGACAGGCAGCCGCUGAGGUUCCUUCUGGCAUGGUGUGACAUGUGUCUGAUUGGGCCCUGCAGUGCACAGCCAAGGUGCCACAUUAUCCACUGGCUGCACCUUCCAGGCCAGCCCUGAGGGCAGCCGCUGGAGGACGGGCAGAACACGCCAGCCUUCACGCCUCCUCUGCUCCUUCUGCCGCUGCUUUCCCCCCUCAUUGAGCACACAAAAAACAAGGGUGAGUUUGUUGUUGUUUAGUGGUAUCCGACUCUUCGUGACCCCCUGGGCCAGAGCACGCCAGGCCCUUCUGUCUUCCACUGCCUCCCGCAGUUUGGUCAAACUCAUGCUGGUAGCUUCGAAGACACUAUCCAACCAUAUCAUCCUCUGUUGUCCCCUUCUCCUUGUGCCCUCCAUCUUUCCCAACAUCAGGGUCUUUUCCAGGGAGUCUUCUCUUCUUAUGAGGCGGCCAAUGUCUUGGAGCCUCAGCUUCAGGAUCUGUCCUGAGUUACAUCAUUUUAACUAGCUUGCCCAUGAAUUGUGUCCAGUAAUUUUAAGUUGUUUUAAACUGUUUUUAAAACAACAUUGCCUCUCCCCACAGCCAGCAAAAGCAGAAUUAUCAUGUUCUGGUCUGACACCAGAUCCCAUGCAGUGAGGCAGGUCAGGCGUUGCAGGAUCACAGACCAGGCUGAGGACGCAAAUAUCCCCAGCAGAAGCCGAGAGCAAACUGAGGCCCUUGAAGCCUCUGUCUCCAGACUGUCCCUUCUGGGCCCUCAGACAGCGCUCCUCUAUUCCUUGGCUGCCUCCUUGGUGUGCGCCUUGUGCCACUUGGCCCGCAAGGUGCUGUGGGAAGGAGCGCGUUUGGCUCCUCAGGGGGAGGCACCCAUAAGGACCGUGGCUCUGGCCCUCCAUGCCGCAGUGGCAACAGAGGCUAGCCCACGAGGGUCAGUGGGGUGCUGUCCAUCCUCCUGCCUUCUUACUAUCCCAACUGCUGUAUUCCCUCAUAGUGUCUUAAAUGUGUGUUGACGUCGUUUUCUGAUGCACAGACCAUAAUUGCCGUAAUUAACGUGUUCAUUACUGCCUUUCCCCAAAGAUUCAUUUCAGCUAUUAAGAUCAGAGGGGCCGUGUCUCCCUGGCAGAGUGUCUGCUUUGCAUGCAGAAGGUCUCAGGUACAACCCUCAGCACCGCCAGGUAGGGCUGAGAGAGAGACCCCAUCUGAAGUCCUGGAGAGCCUGUAUGGGGGGGGGGUCUCAAGGCAAUGAGGGGAAUGUCUGUAAAAAUCACUAGCCCACUUGGACACAACAUGCUAAGGAUAUAAGCUGUCUGUGGCACAUGGAGGUGUUUUUGGGGGAAAAUCUGUGCCUGGUCACUUGGAGGCAAUUCUUUUCUCGCCUUGGGCAAACAGCUGCUUUAGGACAUUUCCUGGCUGCAAGCAGAGGGUCAUUUAUCAGGGCAGAACCUCUGGAAAAAAGUGGUGUGUUCAAGGCGAGUUGUAAGUAUACUGUUUAUUUUAAAUUUAUGUUUAGUACAUUUUAUGGUUUUAUUUGGUGUUCCCUUUUAUUGUUUUACUUGCAUAUGUUGCAAACCAUUCUGGGAUCUUAAUCAAUAAAAGGUGGCUUAAAAAUGGAACAAAUAAUAAAAAAUUUAAUUGGUGAGGCGGUGAAUAAGUGGCAUCUGGUUUUCCGCUGCCAGGUUAUUGACAGGUGUUUCUCCACAAAGUUAGCCACCGUCUGUUUUGCAUGUCUCUGUGUUCCUGGGCCCAAUUCAAGGUGUUCGUUUCGGCCUGAAUACUUGGGACCCAGGUAGUUUUCAGGCUGCCUUUCCCUUUUGACAGACUGGCCAAGGCCAUGAGAUCAAGGGAAAGGGGACAGGAGACAGGGCCGUUCUUGUCCUUUGCAUUACUUAGUAAUGGAUCAAAAUGUGCCUCUAAACUUUGCUUUUUUGUAUUUGAAAUGUGUUGCACAUUCUUGUUUGGAAUCAACACAUGUAGGCAAAAUGGCUCUCUGUCCCCCUGCAUUAAUUAAAACAAGUUUGCCUAUGAAUAGCAUCACACAGUGUUAAAAUGACAACAUAAAUGAUUUAGCCUACAAAGAUGAGUAGAUGGAGAAGACCAAUUAAGCAUAUGAUAUGGUAGAUACCAAAGGUGAGCUCAGUCCUUAUGCUUGGCCAAUGUGGCACCUCCAGAUGUUAGUUGACUGCAGCUCCCAUGGCAAGAUGGCUGGGCCAGAUCUGGAGGGCACCAGCUUAGUAAAGGCUGACAUGUGGUUAAAACAUCACCAACCACAUGUAAGAAUCCUAAAAACCAUUAUUUUGGGGAAGGGGAGUAACCUGGGGGCGGGGGGACAAAAGAAACCCCAACAGCUCGGCAACUGAAGAUGCUUAGUGACCAGAUAAUGCUGUAUUUCUGUUGGGGGGGGAUGGGAUGGAGUAAGUUGCGGAUUCCUCUUGUAUCAUCCUAACUUUCUGGAGGGGUGCUUUGACGAUCGGAAAUUUGGGGGAACUGUGCAGUAGCAGAGCAGACCAAAUGCUCUGAGGAAGGCUUGAGUCCAGAUCUUUUCCCACAUAGCUCUGCACGGUGAUGUAUGUGCCUGUUGCAUUCUGGAAAGAGUCCCGCCCAGAGCACCUUCAGAGUAUUCACAGCUUAACAGUUCCAAAGGGCAGGAAAGCUCCCAGCUUUAGUGUCCCCCAGAGUCAGGCUCAUCUGUGAAGCAUCUUUGCUUCACAACACCAGGCCCUGCUGCUGAUCUCCACUAUCUUGUGGCUAGCACAUGACCUGCCAGUUUCCAACAAUGUGCUCAGGAAGAACUGCAGCGCAGGGAAAGGCAACUGGUUCCAAGGACUUCAUUCAUCGGGGCAGGAUUAAAUCAAGAAAUAAGAGCUCCCUUCUGUCCAUCAGGCAGCGCCCUUGAACUCUUAUUCCCAGAUUUCCAUCAGGCAGCGGUGGCUUUUUGUCCUCCUGUUAUUUAACUGUUUAAUUAUUUAUUUCACAAAAAUUAUAUACUGUGUGAUUGCAAAAAACAAGCAAACCUCAAUCAGUUUGGAAAUAAAAUAAAGCGAUGAACUUAUCAGUGAAAACAGGCAAAACAAACUUUUUAAACGUUGCUACCAAAAGGUAGCUGCAAUUCCAGGCGUGACUUCACAAAUCAGUUCCAGAGAUUGUGGCUCUAGGUCAGGAAGAGGGGUCUCCCCAUCCUUAGCAGACCACAGUUCCCAGAAUUCUUUGGGGGAAGCCAUGACUGUUUAAAGUGGUAAGAUCCUGCUUUAAAUGUGUAAUGCAAAUGGGGCUGGCAUGGGAACCAAGAGCUGGCACAGAUGACAUUAAGCAUCCAGCGAUCUCUUCCAAAUUCCCACUCGCCCGUGGCCUACUCAUGUGAGCAGUUCGACAUUGAAGGAGAAGAAUUGCAUGAAAUUGCAGCUCCCCCUCCGUGUCUCAGAAACCAUCUUUCCAAUCAGCAGUGGCUGAGAAGAAUUCCUGCCUAGCCUGGGAGGUCUCCUCCCACCCACAGCGCGGAAGGGGAGAAAAGUGGUUCUCCCCCCUCCUUAAUUGCCAGGACAUCUAAUUGUCUUUCUCUCUCUCUAAUGCUGUAAUAACAGUCAGAAUUGCACAGACUGAUCCUCCACCAGCUUUCGCGAAUGCCCCAAGAGUGAGGAACAGGAGAGCAUUGUGCAAAAGACUUCUGGUUUAUUUUUUCAGACUGUAUUCAUGUGGGAACCUUCUGCCUCUCACUGCCAUCCCUGCCUCCAAAACUUCCCACAGCCCUGUCCCUGCUCAUGUGCUCAAGCUAGCCUGGCAAACAAGCGCAGCUCUGUUGAGCCCCUUGAUGCACAAACUCACUCUGGCCUGCUGUGAUCACCUUGGCCUCCUACCAAAAUCAUUCAAGCCCUUUGUUUAGAGUGUGCCGUACCCUUCCCUAAAUUAAAACUAAUCCCUAUAGUUUCCCUUGGUCCCUGGUUUGAUUUCCUCACAACAUUUGGGGUGGUGUCCAGUGCUAGUCCUACUCAGAGUAGACCCUCUGAAGUUAACAGACAUGACUACCUUAAGUUAUUUAAUUUCAGCGGGUUUACUCUGCGUAAGACAUAGUUGAAUACAACCCCUGACCCCACACCUUGACACCAAGGGUUGUUUGUGACCAGUGCCAGUCCUACAUCAGAGUAGACCCAUUGAAACUAAUAGACACAGCUAACUUAGAUCCUCUAAUUGGAGUGGGUCUGUUCUUAGUAGAAGUUAGUUGGAUCUGAUGCCAAGAUUCCAACCUUCCCACCGUCUAUGACCAGCUGUCUCUGAGCAAGAGGGACAGCUUAGGGUGAGUUGGCCACAGUCAUAGGAUUUCAUUUUCCCAGGACUCUGCAGCAGCAACCAGGCAGAUGAUAUGUUUCCAGAAUGCUUAACACUUGUGACUCUUUCUUUGGUGCUGUAAUAGCUUAUCUCGCUCUCUCUCCCACAGGUAAAUCGCACCUGGCCAUUGUCCAGAAGGUGAACAAUGAAGGCGAAGGUGAUCCUUUCUAUGAGGUGCUGGGCCUGGUGACACUGGAGGACGUCAUUGAGGAAAUCAUCAAGUCAGAGAUCCUGGACGAGUCAGAUAUGUACAGUUAGGUCCCUUCCAAAUCUCCGCUAUUGCUGGGCAGGGUGGUGCGAUGGCAGAUCGGCUGUAUAGUAAUAAAUAUGUGAAUAUGUGGAUAGGACAUUUUGUGGGUCUUCCUCUGCACCAUAGGGCAGGGGCAGCCAGUGUGGCACCUCCACCUGCUUUGGACUACAACUCCCAUCAGUCAUAGCUGGCAUGACCAAUGAUCUGAGAUGAUGGAAGCUGCAGUUCACAUCUGAAGCUGCUUGAUUGAGGGUCUCCUGAUGAUCAGGUUUCAUCCAUGCAAUAUGCUGGAAGAUUCAGGGCAGACAAAAGAAAGCACCUCUUCUCAAAGAGCACAGUUAAACUAUGGAACUCACUUCCACAGGAGGCAGUCCUCUUUUAAAGUCAUCUGAGAUGGUGGCCAUCGCGGCCUCCUGCAAGAGCAGAUUCCAUAGUUCAUGAUGUCUUGGCUGGCUCAGAGAUACUCCAGGCAUCUUCCCUAAUGCUGACCAUUUCUCAUUUGGCCACAUGGCAGCCUGGUCCUCAAGCACAGUGCUUUGCUUUUCCCAUGAGUGCUGUGUCGACCAUUAACUUCUCAGGGAAAAAUUUAGGAUUGCACUGAGGGACAAAAUUGGGGCAUUUGCCAAACCUGCCCCAGUGUUUGAGAAGGAUUUGACUACUCCCAAUGGUGUCCAUAGUGUUAACUAUGGGUCCCAUAGAAUUUAAUGUGAGUUGUGCUCACUUCGGAAGCACAUACAGUAUACUAAAACUGGAAUGAUACAGAAUUUAAUGUGAGUCAUUGAGAGCCAUGCCACUCUGCCUGGAAACCCAGGGACAAGCUGCUAUUAUUAUUUUUAUUAUCAUUAUAUUUGUAUGCCAUCCAUCUGACUGGGUUGCCACUCUGGGUGGCCCCCAACAUAAUAUGAAAUAUUAAAAUAUUAAGGAAGAGGUACACAAUGAAACCCCUGGAAAUGUGAAAGGAAUGUCCAACUCCUGAUCCUGGGUACAAUCUGAUUUUACAGCCAUUAGCAGACAGUGUCAUAACUUUCCCCAAGCUUUACUCUGUACCCUGAGGACUAGAAAGAUGUAAAUUAUAUGAAAGCAGAAGACUUCCAGGAGUCUGAGUUACAUGCCCUUGUGGAAGGCACCAGGGUGCAUGGAACAAGCACAGUUUGUUUGCAGUAAUACAUUGAAUAGUGAACUUGUUCUUGGGGGGACGCCCUUCCUCUCAACCUAUCCCCUUCCUCUUCUGUAGCUGACAACCGAUCCAGAAAACGAGUGAAUAACCAGAAGAACAAAAGGGACUUCUCUGCCUUUAAGGACAAUGACACAGAGUCCAAGGUGAAGAUCUCCCCGCAGCUGCUCCUAGCCGCUCACCGCUUUCUCUCUACGGGUAAGAGAUCCUUUGGGAAUCACUCUUGGUUCGAAAUCCUGGUUUGCUGGAGAAGCAUCAAGCACCGUCUGCUGCUCUUGAUAUAACGCAGACAUUUUGCUUUAGGAAUCUCUCCCUCCUACGUGUGGAGCACAGAGAGCCAGGGAAGUACUGUAGCUGCAAAUGAGUCCUGGGCCUUACAAGACACACCUCCUUAACAUGACCUUUGAGCCCUGAGAGGUGGGUUUUCAGGGCCAACCCUAUCAUUUGUAAUCUAUUUUUGUAUUCGUAAUCUGCUUUAACUUUUUUCCCAUUUAAGCCCAAUAUCAAAACCAGGACCUGCUGUUGAAGGGUGCAUGAUGAUGGUAUACUAAUACUGUACAGGUCAUAUGGGCAUCAAGAAGCACAGCAGCUUCAGGCUGCCAUGGGGUCCCCACCCUCUGUGGGGCUGUGUUUUGGCUGAGUGUAGGAAUGUGUGGCAUGGGGCAGUUCGGGGAGGAACUGGCAUAUUUACAUGCUCCAAGCAGCAAAAAAUAACAAAGAAAAUAUAAAGCAAACAAUUAAACCAUAGGCAUAUCCGGUCUAAAAUACUGCAAUACCCUUUAAAUGCAGUAAAAUUUUGGAAAGGUGAAGACACAUGGGAAGCAAAAAUCGCUCAGAGGGCAGCCUCUAUGGCAGGGACUGCUUUGGGUUUCUCACAGGAGCCCAUCUUACCUUUCUCUUGGCACACCAGUGCUGCCCGGCACAUUUUUCGGAAAUGACUGACUUGCAUCAUUUGCAAGAAAUGCAUCCACACCUGCGCAGGCAGGUACCCCCACCGUUUGAUGUGGAAUGCUGUUCCCUUUGCUGUCUUAUCUUGAGGCCCAUAAUAAGAGCUGCCAAGUCUGAUUUCAAAGACUAAUAUGAGAGCCUUAUGAGAAGGUCAUUCCCAUUGUCUCAUUCACAAAUUACAGGGGAUUUACCUUCUCAGAAAGACAAGCCCUCCAUUAUCCUGUCUGCUGUGGCUUUAGGCUUGAAUGGGAGGUUGCUGCUGGCUCUGUCUGUUUAUCCUCCCCCCUCUUCCUCAGCAUCUCUUCCUUGCAGCAAAGUCAACAAAACACAGCCCAACAUGGUUGCCAAGUUUCUAGGGAGGGCAGCCAGCCAAGGAUAGGCUACAACUGAAGAUAGGGCAAACUAGGUUGUAUCCAGUGCUGGUCCUACUCAGAGUAGACUCACUGCAAUUAAUGACAUGGCUAACAAAGGUCCACUGCUUUUGGUCAGUUUGCUCUGAGUCCACCUUAGAUACAACCGUUUGCUUGCGGGGGCAGGAGCUGCAAGAGGGAAUGGUGCUCCUUAGAAUGCGGAAAUGGAAAGCCAGCUGAGAAGGAAAACUCAUUGCCAGGGAAGCCCCCACUGAGAGAGGCAGAGACUGAGACCGAGAGAAUAUAUAGAUUAUGGCGGGGGAAAUCCCAGGGCGCUGCUGGUUUUUAUUAAGUUGUUAUUUAUUUCAUAAAAUUUGCAUACCACUUGAUAGUAAGAAAAAAGACCUCAAAGCAAUUUACAAAAAGAAUGGAGCUAUAAAGUUAUCAAUAGAAAUAUUUAAAGGCUGCUAUUUAAACAAACAAACAAAAAACAAAAUCAACGGUCAGCUGAAAACAGCAGAGGUACAGUUCCCAGAGUUCCCAAUGAAGACUGAUUGAUCACCAAACCAAUCCGUUGUAGAUCUGGGAGGGAUUCUCUUUGCAACUCUCCAUACCUUUAACAAACUACAGCUCAAGAAUUCUUUGGAGGAAGCCGAGACUGGUCAAAGUAGUAUCAUAGCACUUUGAAUGUUUGGUGUGAACCUGGCCUGGCUCUGUAUCAUCUGCAGUGACUGGCCGUGGCUCUCCCCCAGACCCCCCUGGAGAAGCCUUUGGGGAUAGGCCUUUCUGCAUGCAAAGCAGGUCUUCUGCCGCUGACCACUGCCCUUCCCCAACAAUUCUCACCCACUGAGGGUGAAGAAAUAUCAGGUCGAUAACAGCCUGAAUUUCUGGUUUCAGUACACAUCUCCCCCCACCCCCCCACCAACAGCUUUUUUCCGGGUUUCACUGCUCCUACUUCUUUGCAAUGCCUGGACCUGCCCCAAAAGGUUGGUUCCCCUGGAUGUUUCCCUCUGGGGUCUGACUUGCAUGUCGCCCGCCUGCUUUUUGCAGAAGUGACGCAGUUCACCCCCUCCCUCAUUUCGGAAAAGAUCCUGCUCCGCCUGCUCAAGCACCGCGACGUCAUCAAUGAGCUGAAGUACGACGAAGAAAACAAGAAGUGCCCCCAGCACUUCCUCUUCAACAGGAACAAGCCAGCCGACUUCUUCAUCCUCAUCCUGCAGGUAAUCCAAUCCCUUUGGCGUUUGGAAGCAGGGAGGGAAAGAUUCUCACCAGUUUAAGGCAGUAGUGGGUGGGGCCAGGGGCAAAAGUGGGAGGAGCAACAGAUGAGACUUUGCUAUAGCCAGCUCCAUUCCAGCCAUGCAAAAGUCAGAGUUUUCCUCACCUGACCACCCAGGGAGUGCUCAGAGGAGGGAUGGAGAGGAGCAUCCUGAGGGCCAGGUAGAGGGCAGCAUUGGACCUCCAACAUGAGGCUCACCCCCUCCGUUGUGCGGUAUGGAACACGAAUGGCUAAACUGAUGCCCUCUGAAUGAUGCUGGACUCCCAACUUCCCUCAGUCCAGCAUGGCCGGUGGUCAGGGGUGAUAGGGGGUCCCCACCCAGGGGGCCAGGAGGAUUGUGGGAAGUGAUCCUGGGUGGGCCCACAGUCUGAGGGGGCAGAGGCAAGCCUGUGAGGCCUUCCAGCGCAUGUGCGCUGAGGAUGCUGUUCUGCCAUGCCCCCUGCCCCUGUGGUGCUCAGCUUGAAAAGUGAGAUGAGUGCCACACACCAUAGUCGCCUUUAACUGGACUUAACCAUCCAUGGGGUGCUCUGGCACAACCCACAGGCUCCCCUCAACUCCCCUCUGCCACCUUUUCGCUCCUUCAAAGAUUUAUUGCCCCAAGCCGGGUUUCUGAUAGGUGUUUCUCAAUUCCCUUUGUUCCUGCUGCCACCACAGAUACUUUGUUCUGAACUUUUCUCACCUCUUGCAUAGCCAGUCAAGAGGCAUGUGGUGCAAUUUAGCAGCACAUGAACAUUUGGCCUCAGUUUGGAAUUAUCUCUUUGGUCCUUUGUCUCAUACAAAGCGAAGGCUGAUAACGAUACUGACCCUCCUCUAUUAAACCAGCCCUGCUGCCCUCAAAUCCUCUCCCCACAUCCACCUCUUGCCCCAACUCGGCUUCCAAAUUGUCUCCCACCAGCAUUUAGACUCCUUUUCAAGCUCUUAUCCAAUCACCAGUCAUUUCCAACUGCACACACUGCCUCCUGCUUCCAACCUAACAUGUACCUUAAUUUAAAUAUUAUACUUAACCUACACAUUUACCUUACAAUACUGCACAUGCACACAAAUAAAGAUGCUCCCUAAAGAAACGCCCAAACUUCUCCCACACCUGUUUGUUGCAGGCAGAGGCUGACAUUCAUAGGCUGACUGUGCCCCCCCAUUCCCCCCCCCCCGGAAGCUUGUGUGCCAUUUUUCACCUUCUCAUUGAAAGAUCCCUUUACCGCGGUGCAACUGCUGCUGACUCUGGCUGCUUCAUGGAAGCUCCUGAGAAUCUCACGUGACUCUUUGUCUUUCUCACAGGGCAAAGUGGAGGUGGAGGCCGGCAAGGAGAAUAUGAAAUUUGAGACCGGUCCUUUCUCCUAUUACGGAGUGAUGGCAUUGAGCCCCUUGGUCACCACAAGUAAGGACCUGCAUGCGGAGGGGGCCAAAGGGAGACGGCCACAAAAGGGGCAUGGGGCCAGGCACCCUUCCCAGUGGAACCCGCUCCCUCUGUCUGUCAGUGGCAGUCCUUGAGGGCGGGAAUGGUCAGCUGGCAAGCCAUGAGGCAAGCCGGGCCCAGGAAGUACUGUUUUUACCAAGCCCCCUGGGUGGUCGUCCAGCAGGGCAUGCAAACCCUGAUGGACCUCAGCUCCCUUCAGCCCCAGCCAGUAUAGCCAGUGGUUAAGGAUGAUGAGUUGUAGUCUGGCAACUUUGGGACGGCCCCACACACUUGCCACCUCUGCCUUAGGCCUCGCUCAAGGCAUGGUAGCAAAAGGUUAUGCCCACCAUUCACUUAUAAGGGAAGGCAGAUUCCAUGGGAGAGACAGAGGGCUCAACUCUCCUCUUUAGGCUUUGGAUGUGACACACUAUCCAUGCCAGAGCGCAUGUGCUCCAUAAAUGGGUGGGCCUGAUUGUUCGGAGGGCGUGUCUUUCUUGCGCCUCCCCUCCAACAAAAGGGGUUGCGCUGCAGAAUACAUAUCAUGCACCCCCUGUUUGCAGAAAGUGCUGGGCUUCCAGAAUACAGUUCAUCCUGGCAGCCAUGCCCAUCCCAAGAUGCUUUGCUUUUCCCUCGUAGCUGCACCUCCCAAUCCUGGAGGAGACUGGCUCUUUCAGAGAGUGGUCUUUCCCAGCCCUACUCAGAGAUUUUGGGGAUUAAACCUGGGACGUUUUGCAUGCAAAGCUCAAGUUCUACCAAGCUAUGGUCCUUCCAUGCUUAGGGCCCCCUUGCAGUAUCAGAGGUUUCUGGGGCACAGCUUUUGACUCCUGUGUAGCCAGGCAUGAAUUCAGGAGCUGACCCUCAUUAGGACAUUGCAAGAGGUCCUGGCACUCAUCUGGAGAGCGGGCUGAAAUAACCCCUGAGCUGUGGCAACCAGAAACCACAAAACAGCCCCCCAUGAGCAUUUGAAGUUGCUUUCUCCCAACUUAGGCUUGUUUCUCCAUGUAGCCCAGAAGCAGAAGCAGCUCUCUAAGGUGUUGUGCAGGACUUCCCCAGCCCAAGACCCGUAAUCCCUGUAAGCAAGAAGUUAGGGCAGCAAGAGGCCGGCCUCCUCCUGAUGUUGUGGGCUGCAGUUCUUAUUGUCGCUAAUCAUUGGCCUUGCUGGCUGGAGCUGCUGGGGGUUGGAGUUCAAAUCUUGAGGCACCACAUUGUUUCCCCUAUGUAAAGGGAUUGAACCUGGAAUCUUCUGCAUACAGUCUUCAUGUCCUAAAUCAGGAGCUCUCGCUCCUUGAGGGCCACUUUGUCCUCUGCUGGCAUCCCUUUGUCUUGAGAGACAGUGGAGUGCACCUCAGGGCGUGAAGUCAGACCCCUGUGUUAGCAGCACCGAAAUGACCUGGGCUGCUCAGACAACAAGACCCCUUUCUUGGCCUCUCUGAUGUGGUCCAACGGAAAGCAGAGCAAGACCUUUGGCACCAGCUUAGCUGCAGGAAUUGCUGGAAGGAAGCAUACAAGACGCCAUCCAACCAGCUUAGGGACUUCACUCUGGAUUUGUGUAGGGUUCACUCCAUAGCUUUUUCUUCUCCCAGUGAUGUUCUUCAAAGCAGCGGAGGUUUAGGAUCAGAGUUUUCCUUCUCCUAGAUGGGUUCCCUUCCCAGGUUGACAAGCCCCAUCUGCCCCUAACUCUGUCCUCUAGGGGAUGGAAGAAGGACCAGAAGUAUAUUCCAGAAAUUGCCCUGCUCAGUUGCAAGCUCUUGAGCUCCAUACUCCAUUUGCUGCCAUCCUGCAUGAAUGAAUGGGUGCUUAGUGCUAAAUAAGCCAUUGGCGGAGGGGAGGGGGUCCUCUUAGGAAUGGCAGUCCCCCCCCCUUUCAAAUCACCACUCAGGUGAAUUGGAUCUUCCCUUUCCUUCCACAUAGCAGUCGUGUUACACCCACUACCGUGGAAGGUAAACAGCCACAUAGAAAGCUGUCUUACGCUGAGUCAGAGCAUUGGUCUGUCUUCCUCAGCAUUGCCUACACUGACUGGCAGGAGCUUUCCAGGAUUUCAGAGAGCGAGUGUCUCCCAGCCCUACCUGGUGAUGCCAGGGCAAGGCAGAUGCUCUGCCACUGAGCCUCGUCCCCUCCCCAGGACGGGAAAGGCAGAAUGUGUGCAGUGCGGAAGGAGAUAAGGUGGUGGUCAGACCAAGGAAAUUCCACCGCAGAGAGGUCAGGCUCAGAACAGUUCUCAGUGGAGACAAGAUCAAAGGACAACAAACAGGGACAGAUAUAUACAAUCUUGUGUGCUGUAUUAAGAUUUGUUUGUUUGUUUGUUUGUUUGUUUGGGGAGGAGUGACUUGCAGGAAAGUUCCCAUCAGCCUAAGUGUGCAAGCGUGGGAACAAACUCUCCAGUAAUUUAACACUGGACUCUCCCCCCACCCCCGAGGUGGCACCAUCUCAUUCUACAUCUGUGGCUCUGCUUCUGUGUGCUCACUUCUUCGGUUUCCUCAGAGGAGAAGGGCCGCAGCUGGGUCAGAGGGGGCAGAACGGGGCAUUGGCAAAGAGGAGGAAGGUUAGCCAGCCAGGAAGACUGGAGGUGAAGGUUGAGGGAAGAGUGCACUUCAGGGGCCAGACAUAAUUGUUCCAGGGGCUGGCUGGGGCUCACAGGCCACCGACUGCCCAUCCCUGCCCUGAUGCUUGAAGAAAGCGGACUCUGCUGCUUCUUGGGUUACUGCCGUAUUUGAUGUUAGACUUCUGCCCCCUCGUGGCCGACCUGGUGCACAUGGUCCUGCGCCACAGAAUGCCAGGUGGCUCCUGUCCAUCUAUAGCAGGGCUGGGGGACCUAUCUCAGCACAAGGGCCACUUUCCCUUCUGGGGAAUCUUCUGGGGGCCACAUGCCAGGGUGGCAGGUCCAAAGCCUGAAGUCACUUUUAUCGAGCAAGCUCAUUUCCACACAUACACAUUCCCCUCUUGCUUGUUAGGAAGGAGGAUGGAGUUCAAGGAGACCUAGCCAUGCCAGGACACUUGGGGGGUGGCAUGAAGCAGGACCUGUGAGGGGUAAGGCCUGUGGGGAGCCCCAGAGUGCCAGACAGAGAGGCCUGGAAGGCAGUGGUCAGCUACUGAGCCUGAGAUUCCCCACCCGUGAGCCAGUGUUUCACAUUAUUGGUUUUUUCAUCCAAACAACUACUUGUGGUUCAACACAUUUCACAGCUUCCCUUGUACUCUUCCCUUGAUAUAAGCCUUUAUCUGAUUUUAUUCAUAAAAUAUUAUGAAGGCUUUUUCAUGAUACAAUAAGAUAAAAGGAAGCAAAUAAAAAGCAGAACAGAGAAAGAAAGAUCACAGAAAAUGCAAGUCCUCUCUGAAAGGUGGAUCAUGGCCCUUUUCUCACACAGAAAGGGGGUGCCCUCCCAGCUCCCACCUAGGAGCUUCCCUUUCUUCUCCCCGUCUCUGGCCCUGGGAGCUCUUCCCUUCCCUGCCUCUCAAUCAGGCCUCUGUCUGAGAAGCUGCCUGAGGCCAGGCCAGGUGAGGUGGGCAGUGCUGGCCAUGGGCUUGGGAUGUUGCUGUGAGUGGCAGUGCAGGGGGGCACUGAUCCUGUCCUUGGCCGCCAGACCGUUCCCCUGCACAAGGUCGCCUGGAAGCAGCCAGAGCUUCAUAACAGCGCAACAACAGUCCAUUUCCAGGGGGAGGCUUGCAGGGGAGGAUGCCCUGUGGCAAGCGCAAGCAGGCGUGGACUUCUGGGGGAGGCCAUGCCAUUUGGGCUUUCCGCCAGGGGCACCAGAAUGGGCUAGCAACAAACCCGCAAAGGGGCUGUGUGGUCUUUCUCCAUAAGCAAAGGUUUCUUUGACUUCUCCUUUUGCAUCUCUCUCUCCUUCCUGUCCUUCUCUGUGUCCGUGUCGGGUUCUAGCUUUGCCUGUCGCGCCCCAGCACCAGCCUCUUAUGCCCCGAGCAUCUUUGUUUCCCAGGGUGUCAGGUAAACAACACUUGUGCAUGGUGUGAGAGGUGCACAUUAACCCCUUGCCUGGCAGGUUGCAUUGACCCAGCCCUGCUUUCUGGAGGGCACCAGAUUGGCAAAAGAUGGUAUUUGGGGUACAUAUAUUGGAAAUGGAAAUGCACUCGGCUACAGAUUAUUUUCUUUACAAAAAUUGUGUUGCGCUGCAAAGCCCAGUCCAAAUUUUAGCCCAAACAGCCCCAGAUGUGUUUACUGGGGCUGAUGGGGAUGCUGUCCAAAACUUCUGGAGGGGCCUGGGGAGGCAAAAGCUGCCUUAACCGACAUCCCCUGCUCCUCAUGGCUUUUUCUUUCUUUCUUGGUUGUUACCUUUUUUAAGUGUAGUUUUAAAAGCUGGCGUUAAAAGCAACAAACGAGUUGAUCCAAUUUGAACAAAAAGCAAAUUGUUCAUGCAGCCAGAGAGUGCAUGGAUAGCCCUUUCCAUUGGCUUACACCCCUCUUGGACGGCAUCACUUUUUGCACGGGUGGCAAGACAGUUCGAAGGGGGGAGGAAGGGCACGGCUUGGUCCCUGGCUCACUCUUCUCUGUGUCUAGUUUCAGAGGUGCGUUCUCCAUCUCAUUUGAGCAAUCUGAAUCGGUCGGCCUCCCUCUGCUACCACGAGCGCUCCGACUCCAUUUCCUCCAACUUCAGCGGCAGCAACAACCAGCUCAACGCCAGUGCCAGCUCCCAGUACAUCUCCGACUUCAGCGUCCGCGCCCUUACGGACCUGCAGUAUAUUAAGGUGGGUCUUGGGCCUGAGACUCAAGAGGCACUCAGCUGUAGGGGGGGGGUGAGUAAAUGAAGAUGUGUUGCCCUGCCCACUUUGGAUCCUGGCCCACCACUGACAAGCAGUCUAGAAAGGAAUGUGGCCCUUGAGCUGAGAAAGGGCCAGACUUCUCCUGCUUCAGACUGCAGGUAGUGGCUUGCAGGAUAGCACACAGCUGCCCUCCAUAUCAAAAAGCAAAUACGGUAAUCUCUUCACAGAGGAAGCUAGUUUGUCAGGGAGAAAGAUUUCAGCCUUCUCCCUAACAUGCUAACUUUUCCUGUGUGAAGGAAGUUAUUUUGUGCGGAUGAGCAUCCCAUCAGGUCUGAGGUAGAUGUUCCCUUGGGGAUCUUAAGCCAGGGCUGUUGGUGUUCUGUGCAAGUGCAGACUUCAGUCCCAAGUGCAAAAAUUCUGCAACCUGAGUGUUUCAGCAAUUUUUAUAAAGUACGUUUCUAGUCCUUAUGGUUGUACAUGUGCUGGCGAUGCCUUGGGAAAAUUCAAAAGUCAAAAGGCAGAGAUCCAAGUACCUUUUCUGUCAGUCAAAGGGCAGGGUGUCACCUGGAUUUCCUCAUGAUUACCAGAAACAGAAUUUGUUAAGCAAAACAGUUAAGUGUGUAUUUAAGAAGAUGCAUUUUUAAUAAUAAUAAUAAAUUUACAUAACCUAUAUGCAUUAUGAGGGACGCGGGUGGCGCUGUGGGUUAAACCACAGAGCCUGGGACUUGCCGAUCAGAAGGUCAGCGGUUCGAAUCCCCGCGACGGGGUGAGCUCCCAUUGCUCGGUCCCUGCUCCUGCCAACCUAGCAGUUCGAAAGCAUGUCAAAGUGCAAGUAGAUAAAUAGGUACUGCUCCGGCGGGAAGGUAAACAGCAUUUCCUUGCACUGCUCUGGUUCUCCAGAAGCGGCUUAGUCAUGCUGGCCACAUGACCCGGAAGCUGUAUGCUGGCUCCCUCAGCCAAUAAAGCGAGAUGAGUGCCACAACCCCAGAGUCAGUCACGACUGGACCUAAUGGUCAGGGGUCCCUUUACCUUUACCUAUAUGCAUUAUGGAAUUUUGCUUUUAUCGUGCAAAAUUUUGCUUUUUUUGGGGGGGGGGGAGGAAUGGUGCACACUGAGCUAUGUGUUGAGGGUUCAGCUUCUGUCUCCUUCUUCACCCGGCAGAUCACACGCCUCCAGUAUCAAAAUGGUCUCAUGGCCUCCCGCCUCGAAAGCUGCCCCCAGUCUCCUGAGGGCGGCACCCCCAAAUUGGACACCUCCUUGUCAGAAAAGGUGGAGACCUCAGUGACGGACGAAACAACCAGCCUUUUGAACGAGAGGAACUGCCAACACCACAAAGCAAACCAUAGCCCCCCAGACAACGUCGUCUGACCCUGGCCUUUGGGCGACCCGGUCUGGUUGGUUUUGCCUCAGUCCUUCCCUUCCAAAGACGAGAACUGGGGGGCGGUGGGGGGGAACACACCAGUGCCCACAAGAGGAUUUUGAUUGUGUACCUACAAGCCUCAGGUAGUGGCUGCAGCCAGGGAGGGAGAAUAUCCAGAUAAUUUUUCUCUCUAAGCUCUCCCCACAUCCACACAUGCACACACUCUUCCUUUGCAGGACAGUUUGAUCCGUCAACGGCUGGCAGCCUGACCGUGGAAACAGCUGCCCAGCUGCUGACGAAAAGGAUGCGGGUUCUGGAUACCAAAGGGAACUUGGUCACGGAGGGCCAAAGCCCAAAGUGUGUGCUGCAAUCUGGAUGCUCCUGUUUUCAUUUCAGGCGGGGGUUGGGGAGGGGCUGGCUGCCCUGAAGAUUUCCAAAGGGAGUUUGCUCCCUGCUUGCUUUUCUACACCAGCUUUUUAUUUAAACAAACAGAAAGAGACGAAGUGGCACCACGGCCAGGCGCGUUCAGAAGAGAGGAAUCCUAUUCUGGAGCACACCUGGCUCUUCUCCAGCGGAGACCACCUUGUGGAGAGUGGCACUCCCUGCCUCCAGUCCAGAGGCUGGCAGGUAGAGAGACCGCACAGAACUGGCCAGAAGGAGAGCAGGGCAGCUGCUGGGGUCCUACGAAGGCAACAGCAGCCCCUGCUGGGAGGACAAUAACCCUUUUUCUGUCUCAGGAAGUUCUGUAUCUUGCGUGUUGUCUGGGCGUCUGUUCUGUUAUUCUGUUAUAUUUUUGUUUUUUUAUCCAGCCCGUUGGGCACUGGACAGGAGACGGGUGUCUGACAAACAUCUAGGAACUAAGCAGGGUUUAAAGGUUGGUGGAACCUGCACUCUGCCCCUGCCUGCCUCCUGGGGCAGUGGGGAGAGUGUUUCUGCUUGGAGGGAGGGGAACUGUUGCUUCCUCAUUCAGGCUCUGAUCCCACUGAAGAAAGUGUGCCCCGAGGAUAAUUAGAUGAAUUGUGCCGCUUCACGAAUGCUUUCCUGGUGUGCUGUACGAAAAGCUCCCUGGAAAUCAAAAAAUGAGUGUAGCAGGGAGAAGGCAGGGCUAGAAUUUGUUGUACUCUUCUCUGCUUGCAGGGAGUUUAUGUUCUCUUAGUUGUUGCUCUUGUUUGUUUUUACAUGGGGGGUUGGGGAACAUUCAGAAAUGGUAACCUCCAGAUACAGACUCAAAUGGUACAGUCCCUUCUGCUUCUCCCGUGUAGAUCAGGCCAAUAAUGAUCAGCUCUGCUAGGUUUCUAGUUCCAAGGUCUCAUGCGGAAAUCUGACAGAGCCAGUGACAGUUCCCAGAUCCUGUAUGCGGUGCCUUUUGGGACUUAACAGAGUUGGAAGUGACAAUAGCAGUUGCAGCACAGGAGCAGCCCUGAAAGGUUUCCAGAUGCAGGAGUUUUCAGUCAUAACUGCAAUAAUAAAUUGUGUUUUGCUUUGUUCCUGUAAAGCCUGAUUUCUAUCUAAAUUGAUCGUGGCACAUGUGAAAGCAGCAAAGUCAUGCAGUCACUUACUGUGGGGGAAAUGACACCACUUGGAGGUGUCCCCUCCAUUCUUCUGUAGUUACUUUGGAUAGAUUAGUACUUUCCACUGGGUGGAAUCAGGACACAGCCACGUUGAGGAUUAAUUUUCAGUGGUCAAGAGUCUUUUCAUGAUGCCUCAAUACAGAAUGAAUCCAGCCCAGCCGUUGCUGCUGGGUCAGUUUGCCCUGAGGGGAUUUGGGUGGUGUGCAGACGUCUCUCAUUACAGUUGUCCACUCUCCACCUUACUAAAUGGAGCUCAGGACCAUCUUCAAACACUUUUGUUAAAACUGCUCUGGAGAUUUGAAGGGUGACAUGUUCAGGACCUCUGCUCUGAACAUCCUCCUCUGAUCUUUGCCCUCCAACCCUCAGCCCCCCAAAGGUCUCCUGCCCCCCUUGCCUUUUGUCCUUGCUGCCCCUUCAUGCCCCCUUGCCUGGCACUGUCCCCAGGGCCACCUGCCUAAUGCCACCUCUCUUACUUCCUUCAAAACCUGCCUUCUCCGUGAAGCCUUUGGACACUAACAGCAGACACACAGCCAUGAUCCAUUCAUCCCCAGCAUCACACAGUCCUACAUGCUGAUGGGAGUUGUAGUCCUGUGCAUCUUCUAGAGGGCACCUGGUUGGGGAAAAGGCUGCCCGGUAACAAAGCUUAAGCACCGGCGAUUGAAAUGCUGCACACGUUUUACCUGUGUGCACCCCAUCUCCCAUUUUUCUUCCCUUCGUCUGCUUAGUGUCAAAUGAAAAAUUGUAAGCCCCUCAGGGCAGGGACCUGCCCUUUUGUAAAGCACCAAUGCACAUCAAUGGCAUUAUAUAAAUACUACAGUUACUGCUAAUAGUAACAUUACAGGUACUGGCCAGUGGGUGCCCACCAUGAGUGGUCUUUUCCAAGGUUCAGCUGAAUCUCUCAGUAACCUGUGAGGAGUCCAGGGUUUGUGGCUUUUUUGUUUUGGGGAAACUUGUCCAAGGGCAGAAAUAAUCUGUGUUUGCAUCUGCCUGCUGAGGACUCUGCCCUCAUGCUCUUAAAAGGUCUGUCUUCACAUUCUGAUUGACUCUCCAGAAUCGCUUCCUUUGAUCUCCACUGAAACCUGUCAGAAACUCUUUGGGCUGUCCAGUGUCCAGUGGCAGGAGGACCAGAAGGGGAGGGGGCUGGAGAGGCAUAUUUAGCUUUGCAAGAAAUGCAGGCAUUUUGAUGCUGCUGUCUGUGAUCCCCCUUUUACUUUCUCUUCACCCGGGCAGGUUGUUCUGUUGCAGAGCUGAGGAGCCUGUGACCCUCGGGAUGCUGCUGGACUACAACUCCCAUCAUCCCUGACUAUCGCGGGAGCUGGUUGGGGCUGUUGGGAAGUGAAAUCUCACAGUAUUUGGAGGGCCACAGGGUGGCGCUUAGAUGAUUCAGUCACUCUCGCUGUAGAGAGUCAGUGUUGCCUGUUCCCCAGAGAGUGUUCCCCUUGCAUCUCUCAGCCCAGCCUCAUGGCUUAUUCAGUGACCCUGGAGGAGUCACAGGGGCCUGCUUCUGUCAGGGUGUCAUUCACUUGAGGACUUGUGUUUCAUGAGUCACAGUGUAAAGUACAAUUAUAUAUCUGCACAAAAAGCAUGUGAAAAUGGAUGUAGGCAGAACGUGAACCUCUCUAAGUAGGAGUGUUUGGAUGAAAGGCAAUAUUCGUUCGCUGCAAUUUCCCAUAAACCAAAAUGGAGUUGGAAUUGGGCUUGGGCCUGUUCACUUGGAAGCAAGUCCCACUGUGUUCAGGUGGGUUUACUCCCAAGUAAGUGGGUACAGGAGUGCAAAAAGUGAUCUGAAAUUUGGUCACCGGGUUUGGCUUGGGGAGGAAGGGACCAUCGCACAGACUGUAUGAUUGUACCCAGAUGUGUUGAUGUUCUAUUAAAUGGUGUAGCAGGAUUGUACUUUUAUAGCACAGCAUUGCACUUCAAACAUUGCAGUUUCUCAUAGGAAACAUGUUGGUGGGUAAAGACGCCCAAGAGGUUUUUGUACCUGAAGCAGAAAAUACAAAUAGUGCCCCCUCCACUAAAAAUAUAAUUUUAAAAAACUACAUGAUUUCAAAUUUGCUGUCCUCAGUUCUUUCGCCUAGCAGAAGGCAUGUAGAUCACAAGGCUGAUGGGAGUUGUGUUCAAAACUAAGAGCACUAAGCUGGCAAAGGCUGGCAUAUAGAAACUUUGCCAAAUUCCAAGUGGCUGGGAGACUCUCUUGGCCCUCAAACCUCUUUUGCAGGGCCAAAAUAGGUUUGGGAAGGUGAUGGGCUUGCAAGGACACCCAGGCUUAGAGCCAAGCAGUGUUGCCAUUUCCUUAGUAAGCUCACGGCUCUGGGCAAAGUCAUGGACUCAUAGCCCCAGUUGGACAUCCAUCAAGCAUAAAAUGAAGGGUUGCCAACAUUUUGAAUGCCAUCUGUUGAUCUGCCUUCAACAGCAGCUCAGUCUGAGGACAGCAGGGGGAAGUCCUGUUUAGCUCCAGUCAAGCUGCUGCGUAGGCACACCUGUAAGGCUGGCAGGUUCCCGUCCCAACUCUCAGUUGGCAACCCUGAGAGUACAGCAGAUCUUCAAGUGGCUUCUGGCUCAGUCAGGCCAUGGGGUGGGAUAAAACCCACAAGGGGGCUAUGUUCUGGUUUAGCUUCCAGGCCUCCUGUGGGAUGACAACCUGUCUAGUAUUCUAAGGGCAGCGUUGCAGGUUCAGCAGAAGGAAAGUGAGAGUGUUGGAGUGGUGAAGUCAAAAAGUUCCAACAAGCAGAACACUAGCACAUCAGGCUGGGUUACAUCUUUCUUCCCUGCCGAGCUAGUUCUCUGAUUGCAGGGAUUUGUUUAUUUUUAAUAAGAAAAACUGUGACCACCCAUCUCAUGAUUAUUCUCCUGCAUGGCCAGGCCAGUAUUUCUUCAUUCUCUUCCUGCAUUUUCCUAAGCACAAUUGACUUUGAAAUGUUGGGUUAGGUUAGCAAUACUUGAUUCUGGAACUGUAACUGGGGCGAGGGGAGUAGUUCCUUCAUUUGCUUUGUGACUGGUUUUUUUAAAACUGCAGGAUCCCUUUUCCUGCCUCCAGGGCUAUUUUCAACGGAUGUCUGUGCUUCUAAGCAGCUUUAAUUAGACUGUAUAUGUGUCUCAUUUGAAUGUAGCUUUUUGUCUGAGUUUUAAAAUUUUGUUUUGUGUGUGGGGAUUGUUGCGGUUUUUAUUUCCCUUUUUAAAAAAUAUUGUUAUUAUUAUUAUUAUUCCUAAGGAAAGCACAAUGGUUUUUCAACAUUUGCCCCUUUGUGGGUGACAUGAUGUAAUUUAUUGUCUUUUUUCUGAUUUUAAAAUACAAACACUAAACCUAAGAUCCUAGCUCCCAUGAGGGAGACAAGCUUUUAAAAAGAUAAUUAUUAUUAUGUAAUAAAUAUUACCAAAUCAAAGUGU